CCAGAGAGGAAAAGCGCCCCUUUUGCUACCCACACUCGUUGUUCGUGCGUGUUAUCAGUACCUAGACGAUAGGUACACGAAUGUGAAACAAGGAGCGUCCAGCCAGCUGGCGAUAAGACUACCAUACCGAUCGUCGUCAAUUUUCUUGGACUUUUGUUUGCUUGGACAGCACAGUAGUCAGUCAUCCGUCAUCCGUGCGUUAUUAUCGCAAUCGUCCGACUUGGCUUAUCUGUGCGGUUCCUGCUCAGCAGUGCUAGUGUUAGUAGUGCUCAAUCAGAAGACUUAGUGGUAAAUGACUCAUCGAGUGUCCAGUUGGGAGAAAGUUUUGGCGUAAUAGCUAGCUAGAGUGUUAUAAUCCAGUUAACUAUCGAGUGCUGAAAGACGUGUGCAGUACAUAACCAUAUGGCAAUGGAGCCCGCGGCUGUGAAUCUUGCUGAUUUGGCAUCGUUGAAGGAGCGAAUGAAACUUAUCGCCGAGGCUGAUCCCAAGCAGUACCAUAAUGAGUUUUCGCUCCGGCGGUAUCUGCGGGCUUUCAAAACGGUCGAUGCGGCCUUCCAGGCGGUUCUCAAGACGAACAAGUGGCGCCAGGAGUACGGGGUGGAAACGCUGUGCGACAGUCCGGCCAUAGCGGCCAACGCCAACAAGGCUCGGGUGCUGAAGCAUCGGGAUUGCACCGGCCGACCGGUGAUCUACAUUCCGGCCAAGAACCAUUCCUCCGAGCGGGACAUCGACGAGCUGACCAAAUUCAUCGUGCAUUGUCUGGAGGAGGCGUGCAAGCGCUGCUUUGAGGAAGUGACCGACAAUCUGUGCAUCGUGUUCGAUCUGGCCGAGUUCAGCACGUCCUGCAUGGACUACCAGCUGAUCAAGAAUCUGAUCUGGCUGCUCAGUAAGCACUAUCCGGAACGGUUGGGGGCCUGCCUGAUCCUGAACGCGCCGAUGGUGUUCUCUACCAUUUGGCCGGUGAUCAAGGGAUGGCUGGAUGAGAACACCUCCGGCAAGGUGGUGUUCGUGUCGAGCGAGGAGGAGCUGUGCAAGUAUCUCAUUCCGGAUAUAUUGCCAACGGAUAUGUAAGGCGGACGGCCGUGCUGGCAGGUAAAACAAACAUUCCAUGUGUAGAAGCAUUCCCACCAAAUGGGGUUUGGAACGCGCCGUGUAGGGAUACAGGUAUGUCUAGUGGCGUGUCCGAGGGCUUCACUUUGUCAGGGAACUAUGGGAGGUCCAUUUAAUCAAAUUGAUGACUAAGGAUGUUAGAAACAAGUUUGCAUGAUGCUAGGGAUUCAUAAAGUUACGAAGCUACUCUAAAUAGCACAUCUUUUUGUCUUAUCUGCACUAAUAUUUGAAAAGGGUCACUCAAGGGUCAAUCGGUGUAACUGUAAGGUUUGCAUAUAUACUGUCAUCUGUCUUCUCUUUGCAGAAAUAAGAUGUCAUUUCUCUUUCAUUACUUUUCGCAUACUUGUUACCAAAUGGGAUUUCCUUUGAUACAGGCAGUACCUGUUGAUCGCUGCUUAUCCUUUCUGCUUAAUGAUAUCGUUUCAUUUCAUGACUCAUUCUGUCAAGCUUCAUCUUUGUUCUUUGUUCUAGACGCAGGCGGUCCUUUAAGAUGUAUGCGCCAUAGUUUAUUACCCUUUUCCUUGGUGGUCAAGACACUUCUGUUACAUGUUUUUCUUGAUUAUUACGAUUAUCCUUGAAUUGUGCCAUUCUCUAAGACCAGGAUUGGAUUUCAUCUUUCUCUCCUGAAUCAAUAAUCUUGACAGCGCUUCCAGCGAUUCCAUAAGAGACCAAGUUCGUACCCUCUUUCGAUUAGCUCUCGUAGUGUCGCCAAUACUUUCUCAUCUUGUUUGGAGACCAAUUGUUUGGGACGAACCGAACAUUAACAAGAGGAAGUGUGCUAUGGUGCUUUCGGAUUUCAAAGACCGACUCACAUGAGAUGAAACUAAGAACUAACUUUAUUUUACCUACAAUAUCUUAAAUACUACUAUGCAUUUUUUCCCUGGGUUUUACUGUGCCAUGACGCACUUGCAUCUGUAUCCAGCAAUUUUUACUGUCUCUGUCUGCUUAUCUCAAUUCUAUUUUCUCAACUAUCAACGCCAAGUCAAGUAUUUCUGGCGAUUCAUUCGUUGAAUUCUCAAGACCUAUAUUUGGUUGAAUUGGAACCACCAGGAAUGCAUGUGGUUGUCCCCGAGUAACAAUUUAGGUUUGGCAUUUGAAUAGCCAUGUGUGUCAAUGCGCUUCAGCAAGUUAUCGCGCUAAGAUUUCGGUAAUUAAAAGUCUUGCUCCAAUCGAGAGAAAACAGCAAAGAUCACAAGGAUGCGUGACUCAAUCGCAAAGCAAAGAUAAUGAGUUGUAGCUUGCGCUCAGUAUCUCGGCCCGAUCCUCCAGGUCAGACGCCUCUCCUGGAAGAUGAGAAAUACUUGAAGAAAGAAGCCUUUACUAGGUUCUCUUAUUUCUGAGUAUAGUUUCCACUUCCGUAAUCUCGGAGUCCAGAGGUUUCUUAGGUGAAGGUCUAGUGAAACUACUGUCCUCUUUGUCUGGCUCAUCGCACAAUCGACCAUGACCAGACUUAUUACUAACAAAACACGAUUUCUUAAUCAUUUUUACUACUCACUCAGAUAUCAGAUAACUGCAGCAACAACCCCGCUUUUAAGAAAUUACUGGUUCGAAAUUAUCCUCUCUGGAGCCACCAAUGCUAGUUUCUUACCGGGUUCAAUAUACCGCGCGAUGGGUUCGAUAUUUUUCACCUAUUCGACUGUAUCCCAAGACAGAGCCAAUGAGUUAUGACAAGGUAACUUGCAUUUCGGCCUAUCAGUGAAACAGUCUUACAAAGAAAACGUCACUGUUCCUCUCGGGAGCCACCAAAGAUGUCGCAUUCACCAUACCCGGCUGUUACCUUUGGUUCGUUCUUAAUCCUUAUCUUAAUUCUACUUUCUCAUCUAUCUUAAGCAUUUUCUAGUAGUUAUAUGUCUUAAAACACUUCGUACAUAACUUAAGUUUGGAUAUCUUAGUGACUCGUUCUUGUCGAGAUAGUUUCGUGGAAAAAUAGCAAUCUUCUAAGCAUUUUGUGCGCCGAAUUGCACGUGCGACACUAUUGUCGAGUUUUCUCCCGAGUUUUGUCGUGAUGAACAUUCAUUCGUUCGGUUUUCUCCAUUGCAGGUCUCUUAUGUAGUGUCACAUAUUUCUGGGUACAUUCGACCCGAUUCACUUAUAGAUUGUAUGGAAGUUUCCAAUCGUGGAAGAUUGUCUAAGUUUUAAUAUUCGGCUUUCGUUGUUUGUGACAUCAAACGCAAAUAUCGAUCAAUCUUUUGGGUUACCGUUAAAGCGGAGUAACUCCAUGAACAUUUGUUUCUCACGCAACAUUUGCGUUGCAACACGUUGCUUUCAAUGUCUUCUUGAUUCUUAUUUUGCAGUUUGCGGUCGAUUACUUCUGGCUUUGUGUUUGAUGCUGCAGUUCACUUCAUCUGAGACAUUUCAUCCUACAGUUACUUUAUCAAGUCUUUCAUCUUCUUGAUGUUGCUCACUCCCGCUCCAUCUUGAUGAUUUUCUUUUUAUAGGAAUUUGAAUUGAUGCAUUCCCUAUGUCACUGUCAGGGGUCACUUGGUUCUCCAAUUAAGGAGAUCCUUUUCACCAGGGCUUUGACGUUUUCCAACCACUUUGUUUUCUCCGGUUAGGGAGAGAAGCUUUCACUUGAGUGAACUUAGUCCGGAGUUCGGAUUAAUUAUUACCUUGGAGUAAGCUUUGAACUUAGUCUUUAUUUGCAAUUUUUACAGUGUGUGUCGCAAACAUUGGUGUUGUACUUAGUUAGAAUUCGUUUCUGAUUUAUUACUGCCAUUCGAAAAAAAUGGGUUUGCACACAGUUAGAUCCAGAUUUAUAUAGUAGCCCACAAAGAUGUACAUAAGGAAAACUUUUGCUAAUUGCAGAAGCUUAAUCUAGAUUACUUAACUUGUUGUUGUUCACAGUGCUUCGUUGUCUCAGCUUGUCUCAUCGUACUUGUUCUCCAGUAGCAGAUGUCGACAUAAAUUUACUGCAUCUCGUCUUCUUCGUUUGAUUUGUGAUUAGUGAUCACAUACAUUUGAGCUACUGCUAUUAUAACCCUGAUGAGUUCUCUGUAGAAUUUCCAUAUUUGUGACUAGGUUAUCAAGAUCUUCCGAGAUCCUGAUCGUGUUUACCCUAGUGCUGUUCAGUGUUCUGGUUAAAUCGUCUAAUAACUGUUUAUAGACCGUUUUCGGCUUUCCAAAUGUGUCUACCAAACGUUGUAUUACCUUCGGAAUGUUGGCUGCACCUAUCAUGAGGUUCGAUACACUUCUUGCCGCUUCUCCGACUAAAGCUUCUUCCAGCCUGGCGAUGUUUUCCAAUUUAGUAUAUCCUCCUUCUACUGUUGUUUCGACAUAGAUCUGCUUGAAACGCGGCCAUUCCUUUGCGUUUCCUCAACAAUCGUCCUUUCAAGAUCCAGAGUUUUCUGCCUGACUUCGUUCUCCUUUUCGUGACAUUUGGGACAGAGUCAAGUUUCCUGCUUUGUUGGCUUUCGUUCCACCUCAACACAAAUAAGGUGAAACCAUCUGUCGCAUUGAUCGCAACAGACCAUGUCACAUUUGUCAUCGGGCUCAUAGCAUAAUCGCUAAUGACCCUUCUAGUUGAUUACGUACUGAAAUGACAUUGGUCGAUACUUGACCAUUGGUGGAAACUGACGGAACCUUCGGCUGAAGGUGGCCUCGAUGAGUGGCCUUGAUGGAUGGCCGAUGAAAUUGUCUCAAUCGGCUGAUUGAGACGGACACACUGCUACGUUUGCAGUUUGGCGGAAGAAUCUCGAACCUUUCGAAAUAUCGUAUCCUUGCGAAACUUCAGGCCGACUGCUCUAAUGGUGUGAGAGCGUAAGGUUACUGAAGUGGCUCAGAUAAAAUAUUGUCGAAGAGGUGAAGUGAAACUUCUGAGAUGAAAAUUCAAAACCUUAGAGCUGGUUACUUGCAUUAGAAGUCCUGGCUUUCUUAGAGGCUCGAAAUCCACCUUGGUAGAGGAGUCACUUCCCGAGAAUGAGUUCUUUCACAGUGAAACGCACUCUUUCGACUGACAAAAGAUCAUGUAUUUCGUUGGUUCAAGUAGUGCUUAUAAACUAAUUCUAAACCUAAAGGAAUGACACAUCGACGCCUUAUCAUGCUUUAUUUCUGAAUCACGUGAUCAGCCUACGUCUGCGUGGUGCAGUAGGGUCCUAACCUUAUCAGUUGUUAGUUUGCGUAUUCUCUUUUGGUUUGUUUAUACAGGGCGACAGUCUACUGUGAUGAUUCAUUGAUUAAACUUGAUAAGCUAUUGGUGCAUGGAAAGAAGCAGAUAAUUGCGUCUAUUUAAUGUGUCGAAAUCUAUGAUUUAUUUAGAAAUGCUAACUCUUCGCAAUGGUUGCGAACAGACAUCGUAGUCGUAAUCGUAAUUUUCCUUCGUGGAAGUGCUCUUUCUAUGCAACGGCUUUUUAUUUUUCACUUUUGACAGGUUGCUCUUCAAGCGACAACCCACGCUUUUGCUAGUAACGAGUUCAAACUGUUUUCCUCUCUGGAGCCACCAAUGUUAGUUUUCGAUAGAACAAUAUACCGCGCGAAGGUUUCGGUAUCUGCUGACUUAUUCCAGCCGUAAUUAACGGCGCAAAAGUUCGACUAAAUCGCAAGACAAAGAUAGUGAAUCUUGACAAUGUUUGUGUAUUUCGGCCCUAUCCUUCAGGUCAGACACCUCUCGCAAGCGAAGGGUUGAUUAUCUGUUGGAUAUAAAAUACUCCGAUCAAAGUCUAAAUGCACAAUCUUGCUUGGUCAAUAAUCUUAUCAUUGUCACUUGAAUUCUUGAUAUUAGAACUCCAGAGCUAGAAUCCUCUCGCAAGCGAAGGCUACACCUGUUUUUACAUCAUUAACCAAAUCAUCAAUGGAGUUUAAGACAUCUGGAAGCCCUAGACGAGCUUUCCCGGUUAGUCUAGUAAUAGUUUCUCUCCCGCUGAAAACUUCACUACCGACUUGUCAUCAAAAAUAAAGUCAGCACUCAACUGUGUCCGGAUUCAGAAUGAUAGCUGUAUUUCUCAUCAGCUUACAUCUAAGUUUCCUACAACUAGAGUUACCUAGAUUUACGCUUUCGAUUUGGAAAAAUCCUAUGACUAAUGCGUAGCAGGAAUGCUACAAUAUGGCAAUUUUCGCACCGUUUCGUCAAUAAGCCUUUGGUCUCGUAGAUAAUCUUGAUAAUUUAUUAGUUCCAGAUUACUGACAAGAUUUUCUAAAGCUUCCGGAAUCUCAAUAACAGCAAUCUUGCUUUCUUUUCGAAUUUUUGUCAACUCUGUCACAAGUUCAUUAUAGAUGGUUUCUGGACGGCCGUAAUUCAACUUUAAUCUUUCCAUAAUGUUUUCGACGUUUCCGGGGUCCAUCAUUAAUUGAUUGACGCUUCUUGCAGCUGCUCCCACUAGAGACUGUUGUAGUCUGUUCAAAUUUUCCAUGGAGGUAAAUCUUCCUUCAUCAGUGGUGUCUUUAAAUAUUUUUUUUCAAAUUUUGGCCACUCCUUUGCCGAUACAUCGAACUUUGGUAGGUUAAUCAACGCCUGUCUCUUUAGGUAGAUUGUCCAAUCAUUUCCAGUGUUGUUUGCCGGUUCGAUCUUGAUGCGUUGGACUGCAUUAGUUAUUGCAUUCGUCAUUUCUGGUGGUUCGAGUUAGUUGGUGCCGGAGAAGUCUGUUUCUCUGCUGUCGCACCUUGUUUAUACCAUUUGGUUUGGUCUGCCGUACACUUGGCACAGGUCCAAGUUUCCUCAGCAGUAGGCGUACGCGUUAACCUGGCGCACUUGAUAUUGCGAAUCUUUUCUGAAAUCCGCAUACCGGCCAACAACUGGUGCGCCGACAGCCCAUGCGCCGGGCUGUGCGCCAUACAAAAUGUAAAUAAACAAGUGUCAAAAUGGUUCGCGCCAAGAGCUCUAUCUCUCUUAGGGUUCGGUUCCAUUUUUUGUCUAAAACAUUGAACGUCUUUAUGUCUGGAAAUAAUGUACAACAAAGAUAUUAUUGACGGUAACAACGCUUUUACUUCAUUAAACCACUGAUUAAUAGUGAUUUGGCUAGUGAAAAACUUGGCGCAUACGCAAUCGGCGCGCAAAUUGUGCGCUGGUGUGCGGAUUUGAGUUAAUCGUCGCAAAGUGCCCAACACACAUUAUACCCUGGCGCGCAACCUAGAGGUCGAAGAGAAACUUGUCGAAAUGCUAAAAAUUCUCGAGAAGCUCAAUAUGAUACCAGCGAUCACAAUCAUCGCAGGCAACCAUAUUGUCCUUAUGGUCCUUCUCGGUACACAACCGACAAUUUCCAUUUGGAUUGUUAAUAAGGUUUGGGUUGUUAGACAUUGUCUCUUGUUUCAAUAUGCUACUAAUUGGUUUAGUAGGCUUGCAAAUACAAUUGUAUCAACAGCUGUAAAAUUGUCUAUCAAUAUGCUACUAAUCAAUUUAGCAGGCUUAUAAAUUCAAUGACGUUUAUUGUUUAAUCAAUAUGCUGCUAAUCAAGUUUAGCAGGCUUACAAAUCUGAUUUCACCAGUUGGUUGUGAAAAUGCUACUUAUAAUUUAAGUAGGCUUACAAAAAAAUAAUACAAAUUGAAAUGUGUAUCAGUUGUUACUCUCUGGAGCCACCAAAAUGUUAUCCAGAGUACAAAUGUUUUUGUCACGGAAAUGGCAAUCAAUCUUGAAUGAUUCUCGAGAUUCUGGCUACUCGUUCGAGAAGCUUUUCCAGAAUUGAAAAGCAUUAAAAUUGAAGCUUUCCGAUGUCGUGAGUUCGGUUUAAGGAAGAAAACGACUGAUUCACGCAAGUUUCAAAAUACAACUAACUUCCUAUAUUCAGAAUAACGUUUAUAUACAGGGAUUGCUUAAUUCUAAAUUUUACUACAGAAUACCUGCGAGACCUUUUUCAUUCACGUGCCUCGCACAUGUUUCGAAUGUCCGCCUGCUUUGCCGCCUGCUUCAAGCAAUCAGUUGUGCUCCGGAUUUAUCUGUUUUGUUUACCGUAUCCGGUCAGACUCAGUCGGUCAGGGGUUUUCCGGUUUUUCCCUUUUGUCUUGCAAUUUACACGGGCGGGCGUCACGUGAUCGGAAGGAUCGAAGUGAAGAGAGAGUCGGUACAGGCGGAUCCUUGUUAUGUCUAGUUUGAAGGAUCAGUUUUAUUGCCGUUAAUAUUCGUUUUGCUUCGUAGUGCUAAUUGUUUGCACUGUAUUUUAUCAUAGCGUCGGAAACAAUCAUCAUAAUCCUGAAGCAUGAUGUCAUAUCGUAAAUGAAUCCACAUCAAUCGCGUCAACUCUAGCACUAUGGUCCUUGGCUAUUAUAACUAACCAUUCUUUCAUAAUAUCAGAUCCCUUCCAAUUUUUUGAUAAGGAAACAGCACGAUCACUCAUAAACAUGACCUCAGAAAUGAUUUUCUUGUAGUCAUCUGCACUGUACGUUUUGUAAUCACACAUAUUCUUACCAAAAACGACAGUAAUCAUGAUUUCGAUGAUCUCUCCGUUGCUUCGAAACGCUCUAAUCAUCUGCAAUUGGGAUAAUCCGAAUUCAUCACGUUUCCCCAAACGUGAGGAAGUGAUUGGAACAUAGGACUUAAGUAUCGGAAUCGAUACCAUAGUCCAAAAUUUACCUGAUGCAACGAAAUAACGGCGUGAUCUACCAUCUUCCAAGCUAUGAUGAUCAUUAUCAACUUCCCGGUUAUGCGCGCACCAAACAGAAUCAUACACUUCUGUAAAGGGAUUGGCAACCCGUAAAGGAGUUGUCUUUAUUGCUCCACUAAAUUGUACGUUAGUUUCACGUUCGGUAGUUUGAGAAAACCACAAGGAAUUCUGAAACAGAAUGUGUCCUUCAUGAACAUCAAGUUGAAGAUAAAUAUCAGUCCCGUGAGGACGGAUAGCAGCUGGAAGGCUACUGCCCAAAACACUCCGGACAUAGACAUUGAAUUUCAUCUUGGAUAGCCUCAACAGGGUUUCGAUUCGAUUAAUAUUUCCUCGAUUAGCUGAUGACUCCUCGAUGCGGCGAUCCUCGAUAUUUAUUUGCUCGCCAAGAUGAGUUUAAACUCCCAACUUGGUGUAGUUCCCGUCCGAUAGGGUUCUGGCUCACCAUAGAUGUGCACCUUCGGGCUUCAGCACUUUCCGAUGCAGCGAAGCGAUAAUAAACUUGGUCCUCGAGAGUAAGGUCUAUUGUUGAAUUGCACUUUUUUCCGCUGAUGCACUUACAGCAUACUGUAGAAACACUUUUUUUAGUGUUUUCGCUCCGGUUGCUGUUGACUUUGAUGAAUAACACUAUCUUUCGCUAACUCACUUGCAGCAUACUGUUUCGAUGCACGGUACUAUUUUGGGAACUUUCCAACACUUUGAUUGAAUACAAUCUCUUAUCUCCUCUCUGGAGCCACCAUAAAACAUGGUCUCUAGAAGGGAUUUCGAAAUAUUUCGGAAUGCCUGCCGAAAUUGGUGCGAUUUAGUCGACACACGAAAGUAAAGCGUACUGCUCCAGCCCUCAGACUGAAAGUUAGAAUAAGACCUUGUUCUGUCGAAAUUAUACUCGCCUAAACGAGUAAUCCACAAUCGAAGGGAAACGAGAUCUUAUUAACGCGUGUCCAUAUCCGGAUUGUUGUUGUUCGAAAAUCCAACGUAUUGCCUACGUCCCUCAGAAUAAUCAGCCUAGUAUACCUAGUAACUGCAAGUGGAGGUCGAGGCUGCCCGUAAGACCUUCUAGCGUGAAACUCUACUCCGUCGAAACGAUACUCGCCUGAACGAAUAAUCUAUGUUCGGAAGGGAGCACAGCCUUACGCGUACUUGCCUUGGCGUGGAAGCCGGGAGAAUCGGUCUUCUGGAUACUUCAGACUGUCAGGCUAGUACGCCUAGUACCUGACGGUGGAAGUUGGAGGAAGAUGGUCUUUCCCAGAAUGUUCAAGUUCCAUUCAAUCUGAAUGGAAAUUGAUUGUUGACCAUACCAAAGGUAUUUCUUUCGAGGAACGAUGUUUACCGAUUCGAUGUUAAAACGUUACUGCAUGUAUUUCGAGAAUUGCCUUAUAUAUCUUAGUUUCGAACCUAAUUCUAGAAUGCGAAGGGACGGCAAAUGGUACAAUUGUUUUUCAGGUAUUUUUGUCACGCUUGAUAAUAAAUUUCCAAUUUUACGAUCCUUCAUUUUCGUGGGCGUCAGCCCUUUUUUCUCGACGUUGGGAUGCAUUUAUUCCUUCCCGCCUAUUCCUGCUAUUAUGUAACCCAGCCACUGGCCUUAACCGAUUGUUGUCGUGGCGGUCACCUACCUUCUUAGAAUUUUACCGAAACUCUAGCUCUGGCCUAACCGGCGCAUAAUCAUGCAAUCGUGCCCUACGCCUUUCCUUUCCCGAUGCGUACACUGCGUGCAUCCAGAGCUAUUACAAGAUCCUAGCUCUAGCUCUGGCCUGACCGUCGUAUAAUAAUGCAAUCGUGUCCUACACCUUUCCUUUCUCAAUGUGUACACUGCGUAUAUCUAGAACUAUACGAGUACCUGGCUCGAGUACGGCCGGCGCAUAAUAAGUAUGAACGGUUCGGACCCUGCAUCUCCCCCGGGGCGUGCGCCGCAUGACAAGUGUUAUUAUUGACACUUUCUCUUUCGUUCGAUCUCUUUCUUGGUUGAAUGGUGGGAUCGUCAAGGAUCGAAUCUCUACCUGGUUCACUUGUUUGGUUGUUGUGGGAUGGAUUAUUGAUGCUUGUUUUUUUUUAAGGAACAUUACUUAUGAUUGGUUCGAAUUAUUGCGAUAUGGUUUGCGCCCCAUAAUUUGCUAAUAAUAUCGUCGCGUUCUUAACAUUACUCUUCUACUACAAAAGUCACUCACUAACUAACCGUUUGCGACUCAGCGACUUACUCGGUUAUUACACUUACUCUACGACAGAAUUACUGUCGGAGUUCUAAAAAUCACUAGCCGGUCUUCUGGCGCCGACAACACCUCACAAGAACACUUCCUGGAGUUCACUUUUUCCUCUCUGGAGCCACCAAAUGUUCUGGUCGCACUUGGCGCGCAGAACUACUAAAUUGAGGAAGUGUGGAUUUCGCAUUACAACCAAAACCCUCGGCAGUGUCGUUAGAACUAACUUUAUUUCUUACCUAAACUAUCUUAUAUAAUACAAUUUCCUGCCUGGGUCUUACUGUACCAUGGUAGAAAAAAACGGCACACUCGUUUUCACUUUUAUCGAUUACUCACUUCGUGGCGAUGACAUUUUUCAGCGCAACUUCUUGGUUUGCAAUGUUCUUAAUGUGCGUUUUAACGUGGCUGUUGUAAGCCUUCAAAAUGAAGAAUAAAAUCUCCAGUGCUACUAUUAUGAUAAGCACUAUCGCGAUCAGUCGUAUUUCUUCUACCGCGAUGUGAUUUGUCACGUGAUUUUCCGUUGAGAACCAACCCAUCGUUUUGCAGGGAUAUAGUCGUGGAGAAACUCCUUCUUCUGCAGAAUUUCCAUAUUUGUGACUAGGGAAUCAAGAUCUUCCAAGAUCCUGAUCGUGUUUACCCUAGUGCUGUUCAGUAUUCUGGUUAAAUCGUCUAAUAACUGUUGAUAGACGAUUUCCGGCUUUCCAAAUGUGUCUUGCAAACGUUGUUAUUACCUUCGGAAUGUUGGCGGCACCUAUCAUGAGGUUCGAUACACUUCUUGCCGUUUCUUCGACUAAAGCUUCUUCCAGCCUGGCGAUGUUUUCCAAAUUAGUAUAUCCUGCUUCUACUGUUCUUUCGUCAUAGAUCUGCUUGAAACGGGGCCAUUCCUUUGCGUUUCCUCAACAAUCGUCCUUCAAGAUUAUUCAAAAUGUUUCUAAUGUUGCCACCUUAAGCGCGCUUAUCUGAACUUCCAUCUAAAAGGCUGAGCAGGCUUUAUUUACCUCAAGCCUUAAGGUCUGAGGUCACGCUUCUCACGAGAGAGAGGAUUUCAUGGGUUUUUGGUAUAUUCUGCGUAAUUUGUCGAAUAUGAGGUCGAAUAUCGCAAUUUCCUCAUGUGCAAUUAUUCUUCAGGUAUCCCAGAGUCUUCUGUAAAAAUUUCAUGAUUUUAGGAUAUCCCAAAUUUGAAUACCGUGGUCAAGAGCGAUCAAAUCUACAGACAAAAAGUAGAUGAUUGUGCACUUUACUUGCAAAUUUGAUACACAAAAAAGUCAUGUAUCCUCAAAAGCCCAUGUGCAAAUACUGUUAUAAGUUCAUAGAUGCUGUAAACGUAAAAAAAAGUACAUGUUACAGCAUAAAACUUUGUAAACCGUGCUUUUUUAGAAAAUGUAAUUUUGGUAAAACCAUUCAAAUUUACUCAAAUUUGAGAGGAGCCAAUCUCCCAUUUUCUCUCAUCCAGAGAAAGAGCAAGAGCAUAGCGGGUAGCGCAAGGAUUCAGGGUUACCAAAAAUGUCUUGUGGUGGUAGGAUACAUUACCAACUAAUUGAAAUUAUGUCACAUACUGAAAACGCGUUUGUUUAUAGUAUAAAAAUGGUUCAUAUCACAAGUGCAAGUAGCAGUGAAAUAAAAUGAAAAUAUAGCAAAAGACGUAUGCACACAUUUAUCAUUUUAUUUCAAUCAUUCACCCUGUGAGGAAAUUAGAAGAGUCGAGGCAUUGUUGGCAACCCUACGCGGUUUACUUUCGCUCUCCAUCGUUGGCUCUGUAUUUACGACUGCGGUGCGUUUAGUUGUUCACCUCUAAGGUGCUCGAAUCCAAACAGAUAAAAUAUUUUUUUUUUCAUUUAUUAUCAAAUUUGUAACAAAAAACUUUAACCGUUUUUCAAUUUUUCUUUUUUAUUCCUGUUUUGCUUAUAAACCAAAUGAAAAACAAUAACAUCAAUGCAAUGGUAGAAACAGCAGAGCGAAAAAAAAACGAUUAUGAACACAAUCAUUUAUAUCAAAUUCAUUGUUGGAUAAUUUAGUAAACUUAUAGAUAUUCUCAAAAGUUGAGUAUUUCAGGGAAACAAGUAUCAUUUGAUAGUGCAUGGUUACUCUGCUAAAAUAUUGAUGAGAUGUUUUAUAUCUUCUUCUUCUUCUUUUUUGAGUAUUGUUCUUCUUCUUUUUUGAGUAUUGUUCUCACUAAGACGAAGCCUGCUGCUCAGCCUGCUGCUCAGCCUGCUGUUCUGUGAAUCAAGGCACGUGUUCCCACGUUUGAUUUUUGUGCUAUGCCAUUGAAAAGAGUUAAUUUUCUGUAAAUGCGGCACUACUCAAACGUCAUUUUAGUGAGCUUUUGCAUUCAUGAGCUCUUCCAUAGUUAUAAAUUUUGACUUUUCUCUUCCAAUGACCAUUCUGUACUUUUAUAUCGUGUUGUAGGCCCGACGAUAACACUAAGCACAUGAAAGUAGAGGCAAUUCCCAUUAUAAAUAGUUUAUGAAUCGUUAGGAGAUCAUACCCGCCAUUUUCGACAUUUAGAAUUACUAGGAAUUCCAUGUCCAAAUCUGGGUGCGCUUUGGUAAUUUGAGGAUUUUCGAAUAGUAUAAAUAAUUAUUCUACAUUCUUAGGAAUAUAAGGAACUUUUUUGCCCAUGAGAAAGAAUUUUUCAAUUGAUAUUUUCUUACUGAAAAAUAAAAAUACAAAUCUCCAUUAUUUUAUGGAAAAUUCGCUCAAAUUUAAGCAGAUUGGCCAAUAUAAUCACCAAUAUCUCGAAUCCCACUAAUUUGAUUCAAAAAUUAUGUUCAGAUGAUUGAAACAUAUUGUAUUCAGCUUUCUUUUUAUGGAAAAGGAUUGAAAAUUGGUUGAUCGCAACGAUAGAUAUUUAUAUAUUAGUAAAUUUCAUAUUUUUGAAAACUGUAGAGCUCGAUUUUCAGGAAAAACUUAAAAACUGUUCUACUUAAAAUUUUUUGCUGCACGAUCUUGAUAUCAGCACAUAGUUAUGCAUCAAAAAUUUUGGUCGUUGAUAGAAGCUCAUGACUUUCGAUUUAUUUUGUAAGUUAGUGUUAUUUGUACACAUCUCGGUCCGCUAGAGAAGUUCAAGGAUUUUUGAAGAAUCUGUGUAAAAUUCUUGACUUUUGGAAUUUCUUGUUCAUACCUGGAUCCUCUAAGGGACCGUCCAUAAAUCACGUAGCAAUUUUGGGAUAGAAUGGAGUUCCUCAAAGUGCUACGCACCAUGUAAUAGGUAUGGGAAAAGCUACGUCAUUUGUGAAUGCUCUAUAAGUUUAUUUGAAUAUUUUAAAAAUGUAGAAUUUCUUAUUCUACAUUCAUAAAAAUAUUAGCGGGACUCACUAAACAGAUUAAUUUGCUGCGUAAGCCAUGAUUUUCUGCUUAUUUGAAAUGUUUCAUGAUUUUGCGAAUGAAAUAAUCGAAGAUUGCCUUGGUGAUCGCGACGUUUAAUCAGUUUAAUCAGUUUACACUGUUUAGUGAAUCCCCUUAUUAAGAAUUAUUUGUCCGCAAAGAUAGUUUGAGUAUUUUUGAAGAAUCUAUAAAAAAUUAACGACUUUGAGAAAUAUUUAGAUUUUUUUGUUCUUAUCUUGGUUCGCUACGGUAAUUCGAGGAUUUCCAAAAAAAAGCUAUGUAAACUUAAUCAAUUUUAGGAUUACCUGAAAUUCUUGACCAUAUUUUAUCUAUAAGGUAGUUCAAGGAUUUUUGAAGAAACUACGUGAACCUUAUAUAAUUUUUUGUCCAUAUCUUUAAUUCUUUGUCCAUACAUUGGUCCACUAAAGGAUUUCAAGGAUUUUUGAAGAAUCUAUGUAUAAUUCUUGACUAUUGGAAAUACUUAGAAUUCCUCCCGGAAUUCCUUCUCUGAUUCUUACAGGAUUUUCUUAAGAAAUUCCUCCUGGAAUUCCACCAGGAAUUCCUCCUGGGAUUUCUAAAGGAAUUCCAACUGGGAUACCUCUACGAAUUCCUCCUAAGAUUCCUCCUGGAAAUCUUUUUUUUUUAAUCUAGUUAAUUUAUUGAAGGCAAUAACUACUUGAUUGUAGUGAUUAGUUCUGAAUGGAGGCCAAUGUACUCUAAGUUAGGGCAACUAGAGGUUAGGAGGUCACAUUUUUCAAGGAUGGGUAAGGUGAUGAUUGGGUAACGAGUUUCUCUGGAAAUCAUCCGGGAGUACUGCGCUUGUGUGCUCGGCGUCUGCUGGUGUUGGAAUCAACUGUUGCGUGGGUUGUUCUUCCGGAUGGCCAGGAUUUAGUUCAGCAAAUCCUCCUGGUAUGCAGGAACUCUUCCUAUGAUUAUUACAUGUUAUUCUUCGGGUAUUCCAUCAAUAAUUCUUUCUGGGAUUUCUCCAGGAAUUUCUCCAAGGAAUCCUCUGGGAAUUCUUCCAAUAAUAUCUCCAGGAACUCCUCCUAGGAAUCUCACAGAAUCUCAUUUUUCUUGAGAUUUCUUUAGCAAUUCACCUGGGAUUCCUCCAGGAAUUUAUCCUAGGAUUCCUCCAGGAAAUUUUUCUAGGAUUCCUCCAGGAAUUAGGAUUUCUCCAGAAAUGUUUACUAGGAUUCCCCCAGGAAAUCCUCCCGGGAUUCCUUCAGGAAUUCCUAUUCGGAUUUCUUAAGAAAUUUCUCCUGGGAUUCCUUUUCGAAGGCUUCAUGAGCUUCCUAUGGGAACUCCUCCAGGAACUUCUUUAGGAAUUCCUCCUGAGGACUCUCCAAAAAUGUCUUCAAGAAUUUCUCCUGGAAUUCCUCCAGACCAUUCCUCUUUUGUGAAUCCUCCAGGAAUAUUUUCGGAAAUCCUUCAAGAAUUCCAACACAAAUGUCCCCUCCAGGAAUUCCUCCUAGGUUUCCUCCGGGAAAUGCUCCUGGGAUUACUCCAGAAACUCUCCCUAGUAAUAAUACGGGAAUUUCUUCUUGGAUUCCUUCAGAAAUUUUUCCAGGGAUUUCUCCAGCAGUUUCUCCACAAAUUGCUCUUUGAAUUCCUCUAGGAAUUCUGAAAGGAUUCCUCCAGGAAUUAAUAGGUACAGGAAUUGCUCCACUGAUUCUUACAGGAGUUUCUUCUGGGAUUCCUUCUGCAAUUCCUGCUGGCCUCCUCUAGGCAUUUAUCUUAGGAUUCCGCUUGGAAAUCCUCUAGGAAUUCAUGCUAGGAUUCCACCUAGAAUUCUUUCAUGGAUUACUCCAGAAAUACUUCCUGGCAUUCUUUUAGGGGUUCUCCCAAGAACUUUUCCUGACAUUCCUCCAGGAAUUGCUCUUGGCAUUCCUCUAGAAAUUCCUCCUGGGAUUCUUCCAGGAAUUCUUUCUGGGAUUCUUCUGGGAAUUCUUGCGAGGAUUCCUCCAGGAAUUCCUCUUAGAAUUCCUCAUGGGAUUCUUCCAGGAGUUCCUCCUGGGAUUCAUUCGUGAAUUCUUCUUUGAGUUCCUCCAUGAAAUCUUCCUUGGAUUCCUCCUGGAAAUCCUCCCAAGGAUUCCUCCAGAAAUUUCUCCCAGGACUCCUUCAGGAAAUCCUCCUCGGGAUUCCUAGAGGAACUCUUCUUAGGAUUAUUGCAUUGUUUUCUUUUGGUAUUCCUCCAAUGAUCCUUCCUGGGAUUUUUCCAGGAUUUUCUCUUCGGAUUCCUUCAGAAAUUACUCUUGGAAUUUCAUCAAGAAUAUCACCAGGAACUCCCUCUAGGAUACUCACAGGUUUUUUUUACUGAGAUUUCACCGACAAUUUCUCCUGGGAUUUCCUCCUGGGAUUUCUCCAAGAAUUCCUUUUGGAAUUUCUCCAGAAAAUUCUCCUAGGAUUCCCCCAGGAAAACCUCCUGGGAUUCUUUCAGGAAUUCCUCUUCGGAUUUCUUCCUGAGCUUCCCAUGGGCAUUCCUUCUGGUAUUUCUCCAGGAAUUCCUUCUGAGGUUUCUCCAGAAAUGCCUUCAAGAAUUUUUACAGGAAUUUCUCCUGGGAUUCAUCCAAGCCAUUCCUCUUGGGAAUCCUCCAACAAUAUCUUCGGAAAUCCUUCAGGAAUUCCACAAAAAUAUCACCUAAAAAUCCUCCUCUGGGAUUCAUUCGUGAAAUGUUUCUGUGGAUCCUCCAGGAAUUCUUCCUAGUAUCCAUACAGGAAUUUAUUCUUGGAUUCCUUCAGCCAUUUUCCCAGUGAUUGAUCCAGCAAUUCCUGCAGUAAUUAUUCUUUGGAUUCCUUUAGGAAUUUUCUAAGCCUUCCUCCACGAAUUUCUACAGGAAUUGCUCCAAGAAUUCUUACAUGAGUUUCUUCUGGGGUUUCUUCUGCAAUUCGCCCUAGAAUUCCUCUGGGAAUUCAUCCUAGGAUUCCACUUGGAAAUCCUCUAGGAAUUCAGCUAGGAUUCGACUUGGAAUUCCUUCAUAGAUUGCUCCAAAAAAACCUCCCAGUAUUCUAUCAGGUAUUCCUUCAGAGGAUCGUCCUGGAAUUUCUCUUGACAUUCCUCCAGGAAUCCUUCUGGGAGUACCUCGUGAUAUUGUUCCAGGCAUUCCCGCUGGGAUUCUUCCAGAAAUUACAGGUAUUUCUAUUGGCAUGUCUCCAGGUAUUCCUCUUGGCAUUCCUCCUGGGUUUCAUCUGUGAAUCCCUCUUUGGAUUCCUCCAGCAUAUCCUCCUAGGAUUCCUCCAGGAAGUCCUCCUAAGAUUCUUCCAUGAAACCCUGGAGAGUUUUCUAGAAAUUUCUCCUAGGAUUCCUCUAAAUUUGGUCGCGGGGCUUCCUAUAGGAAUUUCUCCUAUUAUUUCUCUAGGAAUUCCUCCUCAGGCUUCUUUAGGUAUUCCUCCAAAGUUUUCUCCAGGAAUUUCUUUUGCGAAUUCUCUAAGCAUAACGCAAAUUCUUCAGGAAUUCUUCCAGAAAUUUCACCUGUGACUCCUUUAAUCUUUCUGGAAUUCCUCCUGGAACUCUUCCUUGAAUUAUAACUGAAAUUUAUUCUGGGAUUUCUGAAUCAAUUUUUUUCAGGGAUUUGUUCAGCAAUUCCUUCAAAAAUUUCUUUUUGGGUUCCACUAGGAAUUCCUCCAGAAGCUAUUCUUAGGAGAAAUCUCAGUAGGAAUUCCUGGAGGAAUCCCAAGAGGAAUUUUAGGAGGACUUAAAAAUUGUAAGAAAUGCCUGGUGGAAUCCAACGAAAAAUUCCUAGAAGAAUUCUAGAACGAUUUUCUGGAAGACUCUUACGAAGAAUUUCUGGAAGAUCAUCAGAAGGCAUUCCUGGAGGAACCCCAAGGAAAAUCCCUGCAGGAACUCCAGGAUGAAUUCCUGGAGAUAUCCCGGGAGGAAUUUCUGCAAGAAUCCAAGAAAUAAUUCCUGGAAAAAUCCCAGAAGGAACUCCUGCAGGAAUCGCAAGAAAAAAAUCAUAAAAAAAUCCCAGGAAAAAUGCAUGGAAAAAUCCUAUGUAGAAUUUCUGAGAGAAUCCCAGGAGAAAUUUCUGGAUGAGUCCUUGAAGAAAAUCCUGUAGGAAUCCGAGGAAUAAUUCCUAGAGGAAUCCCGGGAGGAAACCCUGGAGAAAUCCCAGAAGAAAUUCGUGGAGGAAUUUCUCAAUGAACCACGGAUGAAACUGUUGUGGGAAUCCGAGGGGGAAUUCCUCGAAAAAUCCCGGAAAGAAUUCCUUGAGAAUGCUCAGGAGGAAUUCCUUGAGAAAUUCCAAGAGGAAUUCCUGAAGGAACCCCAAGAUAAAUUCCUGGAGAAUCCCCAAAAGAAAUUCCUGCAGCAGAAACCCCGGGAGAAAUUCCUCGAAGAUUACAACUAGAAAUUCAUGGAAAAACCCUGGAAGGAAUUCCUGGAGAAUUUGUUGAAGGAAUUCCUGGAGGAAUCCUAGAAGGAAUUUCUGAAAGAAUUCUAGUAGAAACCUCCAGUGGAAUUUCCACAUGAAUGCCUGAGAAAAUCCCGGGAAGAAUUCCUGGUUGUUUCGUGGGAGGAAUCGAAGGAGUAAUUCCUGAAGGGAUCCCAGGAAAAAUCUAGCGGGAAUCCCUGGAUGAAUUUCUGGAGCAAUCCCAGGAAGAACACAUGGAGGAAUUUUAUGAGGGAUUUAUCAAGAAAAUCCUGGGAGAAAUUCCUGGAAGAAUCCCAGGCGAAACCUCUCGCGAAAUCUCGAGAAUUUACUUGAGAAAUCUCAGGAGUUUCACCGGGAAUCCCUGAAAGAGUUUAUACUCCCAAGAUUUUCUCGAUAAGUUUCUCUGGGAAUUCCUGUAGUUUUGCCGGGAUUUCUACUAGGAUUUCCUCCAAUAAUUCCUCUAGAAGUUCCUCCGAGAAUUCCACAAGAAGUUCCUCCAGAAAUUCUUCCAGGAAUUUCUCUAGAAGUUCUCCCGGGAAUUCUUCUAGGAGUGUCUCCGGGAAUUCUUCUUGGUGGUCAACCAGCAAUUUCUCUAGACGUUCCUCAAAAAAAAAUCCUUAAGAAAUAUCUUCUGGGAUUCCUCUAGGAGUAUCUCUCCCGGGAAUUCCUCUACAAAUUCCUCCAGAUUUUUUUUUCUAAGAGUUCCUCCUGAAAUUCUUCUAGGAGCUCCUACGGGAUUUUUUCUUUUAGUUCGUUCGAGAAUUCCACGAGUGGAUCCUUCGGGAAUUCUUCUUGAAAUUUCUUCAGAAACUCAUCUUGAAAUUCCUUCAGAAAUUCCUCUACGAGUAACUCCAGGAAUUUCUCCAGGAGUUUCUCCUAGAAUACCUACUAGAAGUCUCUCUGGGAAUUCUUCUAGGACUUCCAAGAAUUUCACUAAGAGUCCCCCUGGGAGUUUCAUUGGGGGUUCCUCUAGGAGGUUCUCCCAGAAUUUCUAUAAGACUUUCUCCUUGUUCCUCAAGGAGUUUCUUCAGCAAUUUCUCUACAGGUGUUUCAAAAUUAUUCUAUGAGUUUCUUUUUAUAGUUCCUGCGGGAAUUCCUCUAUGCUGUCCUUCGAGACUUCUUCUAGGAGUUACAAUGUAUUUUUUUUUCUUGGAGUUCCUCCGGAAAUUGCUCUACGUAGAAUUAGCGAUACCAGUAGAAUUCGUCCAAAACUACCUCCGAAAAUUCCUAUGGAAGUUCCUUCGGGAAUUCCUCAAGGGAUUCCCACCGCAAAUUUUUCUAAUUGUUUCCUUCAGUAAUUUCUCUUACAAUUUCUCCGGAAAUUCCUCUGAGAGUUGCUCCAGGGGUUCCUCCAAAAAUACCUCUUGGAGUUCCCUUCAGAAUUUAUCUAGGUGGUCUUCUGGGAAUUCCUCUCUAGGAGUUUCAUGGGAUUUUUUUCCCAAAUUCUCACCGGGAAUUCCUCUGGGAGUUCCUUCGGGUAUUAUAACUUGAAUUUCUCGAAGAGUGUCGUAAGCAAUUUUCUUCAAAUGUCAUGUCCUCUUGGAGUUCCUCUAAACAUCCUGCAAGAAAUCCCGUCGGGAAUUUUUAUAGGAGUACCUUCAGAAAUUUCUCCAUAAGUUCCUCCUAGAGUUCCUCUUGAAAUUUUUCUUGGAGUUCCUCUGAGAAUUCCUUUAGGCUGCCCUCCGGGUUUUUCUUUAGGAGUUCUAAUUGAUUUUUUGUAUGUUUCUCUAACUAAAGUUUCUCUAAGAAAUCCUGUCGGAGUAUUUUCAAGGAUUUUUCAAAAGUUCCUCCGAAAUUGCUCUACCAGUUCUCAAGGAAUUUCUUUCUAGCAGAUCCUCUGGUGAUCCUUCGGGGAGAUACCACGAGAAUUUCUGCAGGCGAUCCUGAUAUUCCUCUAGAAGUUUCAAUGGGAGCUUUUUCUUGGAGAUUCUCCAUAAAUUCCUCGAGUGAUUCUUCCGGAGUUUCCCCGGGAGUUGCUCUGGGAGUUUCAUUUCUCCUAGAGAAAUGGCUGAAAAAACUCCAUGAGGAAUUUAAGGAGAAACUCCUGGAAGAAUUCCGGGAGGAACUCCCAGAGAAAUUCCCGGAGGAAGUCCUAGAGGUAUACCUGGAGGAACUUCUAGAGCAAUUCCCAGAGGAAUUCCUAGAGGAGUUUUUGAAGGAACUCCUAAAAGAAUCCCCGAAGAGAAUUUUAGAAAAAAAAAAUCUCUUGGAACUCCUGAAAGCACCUAAAGAAUUUACCAAAGAAUCUCCAAGAGGCAUACCUGGAAGAACUCCUAUAAAAAAUCCCACUGGAACUCAUCGAAGAGAAGUGGAGUUCUUCCGGGAUUUCAACUUAGGAUUCCACUUGGAAAUCCUCUAGGAAUUCAUGCUAGGAUUCCACCUAGAACUCCUUCAUUGAUUUCUCCAGAAAUACUUCCUGGCAUUCCUCCUGACAUUCCUCCAGGAAUUCCUCUUGGAAUUCCUCAUGGGAUUCUUUCGUGAAUUCCUCCUCGGAUUCCUCCAAGAAAUCCUCCUUGGGAUUCCUAUAGGAACUCUUCCUAGGAUUAUUACAUAGCUUCCUUCUGGUAUUCCACCAAUAAUUCUUCCUGGGAUUUUUCCAGGAAUUUCUCUUCGAAUUCCUUCAGAUAUUACUCCAAGGAAUCCUCUAGGAAUUCCUUCAAGAAUAUCUUCAGGAAUUCCUUCUAGGAUACUCACAGGUUUUUUUUCUGAGAUUUUACCAGCAAUUCUUCCGUGAUUUCUCCAAGAAUUCCUCUUAGAGUUUCUCCAGAAAAUUCUCCGAUGAUUCCCCCAGGAAAUCCUCCUGGGAUUCCUUUUGGAAUUCAUCUUCGGAUUUCUCCUGGGAUUCCUUUUCGUAGUCUUCCUGAGCUUCCUUUGGGAAUUCCUCCUGGUAUUUCUCUAGGAAUUCUUCCUGAGGUUUCUCCAAAAAGGCCUUCAAGAAUUUCUCAAGGAAUUCAUCCAAGCCAUUCCUCUUGGGAAUCCUCCAGGAAUAUCUUUGGAAAUCCUUCAGUAAUUCCACAAAUAUAUCUUCUGAAACUCCUCCUGGGAUUCCUCCUAGUAUCAAUACAGGAAUUAAUUCUUGGAUUCCUUCAGCCAUUUUUCUAUGAAUUUUCCAAGGCUUCCACCACGAAAUUUUACAGGAAUUGCUCCAAGGAUUCAUACAUGAGUUUUUUCUGGGGUUCCUUCUGCAAUUCGUCCUAGAAUUCCUCUAGGAAUUCAUCCUAGGAUUCCACUUGAAAGUCCUUUAGGAAUUCGUCGUAGGAUUCAACUUGGAAUUCCAACAUGGAUUGCUCCAAAAAUACCUCCAAGUAUUCCUUCAGGGGAUCCUCCAGGAAUUCCUCUUGGAAUUCUUCUGGGAGUACCUCGUGGGAUUGUUCCAGGCAUUCCUGCUGGGAUUCUUCCAGGAAUUCCAGGUAUUCCUAUUGCAUUCCUCCAGGUAUUCCUCUUGGAAUUCCUCAUGGGAUUCCUCCAGGAAUUCCUCCUGGCAUUCAUCCGUGAAUUCCUCCUUGAAUUCCUCCAGGAAAUCCUCCUAGGAUUCCUCCAGGAAAUCCUCCUAGGAUUCCUCCAGGAAAUCCUGGGAGGUUUUCUAUAAAUUUCUCCUAGAAUUCCUCUAAAUAUUGUUGCGGGGUGUCCUAAAGAAAUUCCUCCUAAGGUUUCUUUAGGUGUUCCUCCAAAGAUUUCUCCAGGAAUUUCUUUUGGGAAUUCUCCAGGCAUAUCUUCGGCAAAUCUUCAGGAAUUCUUCCAGAAGCUCCACCUGGGACUCCUCCAUUAAAUCCUCCUGCGAUUCUUUCAGGAAAUCUUCCUGGGAUUCCUCCAGGAACUCUUCCUUGCAUUAUAACAGGAAUUUAUUCUGGAAUUUCUGAAUCAAUUCUUCCAGGGAUUUGUUCAGGAAUUCCUCCAGAUUUUUUUUUUUUGAUUCCACUAAGAAUUCCUCCUGUAGCAACUCUUAUGAGAAAUCUCAGUAGGAUUUCCUGGAGAAAUCUCAAGAGGAGUUCCUGGAGUUAACUCAAUAGGAAUUCCUGAAGGAAUCCCAAGAGGAAUUUUAGGAGGUAUAAAAAAAUUAGGAGAAAUAUCUGGUGGAAUCGAAGGAAAAAUUCCUAGAAGAAUUCUAGAACGAUUUUCUAGAAGAAUCUUAUGAGGAAUUUCUAGAAGAUCACCAGAAGGAAUUUCUGGAGGAACCCCAAGGGAAAUUUCUGCAGGAACUCCAGGAUGAAUUUCUGGAGAUAUCCCGGGAGGAAUUUCUGCAAGAAUCCAAGGAGUAAUUGCUGAAAAAAAUCCUAGAAGGAACUCCUGGUGGAAUCCCAGGAAAAACUCUUGGAAAAAUCCCAAGAAAAAUGCUUGGAAGAAUCCUAGGUAGAAUUUCUGAUAAAAUCCCAGAAUGAAUUUCUGGAUGAGUCCUUGAAGGAAAUCCUGUUGGAAUCCGAUGAAGAAUUCCUAGAGGAAUCCCGGGAGGAAACCCUGGAGGAAUCUCAGAAGAAAUUCGUGGAGGAAUUUCAGGAGGAAUUUCUCAAGGAAUCACGGUUAAAACUGUUGUGGGAAUCCCAGGAGGAAUUCCUCGAAACAUCCCGGAAAGUAUUCCUUGAGAAUGCUUAGGAGAAAUUCCUUGAGAAAUUCCAAGACGAAUUCCUAGAGGAAUCCCAAGAUGAAUUCCUGGAGGAAUCCCAAGAGAAAUGCCUGCAGGAAAUCCAGGAGGAAUUCCAGUAGAAAUUCCCGGGAGGAAUUCCUCGAAGAUUACAAGAAGAAAUUCAUGGAAAAACCCUGGAAGGAAUUCCUGGAAAAUUUGUUGAAGGAAUUCCUGAAAGUAUAUCGUGGGAGGAAUCCAAGGAGAAAUUCCUGGAGGGAUCCCAGGAAAAAUCUCGCGGAAAUCCCAGGAGGAAUUCCUGGAGGAAUCCCAGGAGGAAUUCAUGGAGGAAUUUUAGGAGGAAUUUAUCAAAAAUAAAAAUCCUGAGAGAAAUUCCUGGAAGAAUCCCAGGCGAAAUUUUUCGAGAAAUUAUUUGAGGAAUUCCUAGAGAAAUUCUAGGAAGCAUUCUUGGAUUAAUCCCAAGAGGAAUUCCUGGAAGAAUUCCAUACGGACUUCCUGAGGAAUCUCAAAAUGAAUUUGUGGAGGAAUUCUGGAAAAAUCCAAGAAGCAAUUCCUGGAGGAAUCGCAGGUAGUAUUCCCGGAGAAAUCGGAAUAAGAAUUUCCGAAGUACUCAAGGAUCCUCCUAGGAUUCUUACUGGGAUUCCUCCAGGAAUUCCUCUUGGAAUUUCUAAAGUGAUUGUUUCAAGGAUUCCUCCAGGAAUUUAUUCACGAAUUUCCCCUGGGAUUCCUCCAUGAAUUAAUUAUUGAAUUCUUACUGGAAUUUUGUCUUAGUUUCCUUUAGGACUUCAGAGAUUCUUAUUGCGAUUCCUCCAGGAAUUGCUUCUCGGAUUCUUCCAGAAAUUCCUCCUGGGAUUCUUCCAGAAAUUCCUCCUGAGAUUCCUUUAUGAAGUUCUUUUGAAAUUGCUGCGGAGAUUCUUUCUGAUUUCCUUCCAGGAACUUCUUCUGGAACUCUUUCAGGAAUCCCUCCUUGGAGUCUUCCUAGCAUUCGUCCUGCGAUUCCUUCAGGAAAUCCUGCGGGUCAUCUUUGCAAAAUUCCUCCUAGAACUCGUCCAGCAAUUCCUCCUUAGAUUCUUCCAGACGUUCCUUCUGGGAUACCUUCAAGACUUACUCCUGGGAUUCCCCCAGGAGUUUUUUCCUGGAUUCUCCCAGUAUUUUUGCCUUCGAUUCUCCCAAGCAUUUCUCCAAGAAUUUCUCCACAAAUUCAUUUUGAGAUUCUUCCAGGAAUUUCUCUCAGGAUUUUUUUUUGAUAAGUUCCUCAUAAAAUUCCUCCCGGGGUUUCUACUGGAAUUCCUCCUGGAUUUCCUGCAGGCGUUUCUAUUGGGGUUCCUCCAGGAAUUCAUCUUGGGAUUCCUCUAUAGAAAUGCCUCUUGGAAUUUCUCAAGGAAUUUCUCCUCAGCAUUCUCAAGAAAUACUUUCCGGGAUGUUUCGAGGAAUUCCUUCUGGGAUUUCCACAACAGUUUUAACCGUGAUUCCUUGAGAAAUUCCUCCUGGAAUUCCUCCACGAAUUUCUUCUGAGAUUCCUCCAGGGUUUCCUCCCGGGAUUCUUCUAGGAAUUCUUCCUCGGAUUCCUACAGGAUUUCCUUCAAGGACUCAUCCAGAAAUUCCUCCUGGGAUUUUCUCAGAAAUUCUACCUAGGAUUCUUCCAAGCAUUUUUCUUGGGAUUUUUCCAGGAGUUCCUUCUAGGUUUUUUCAGAAAUUACUUCUUGGAUUCUUGCAGAAAUUCCUCCCAAGAUAUCUCCAGGAAUUCAUCCUGGAGUUCCUGAAGGAAUUUCCCUUGGGGUUCCUCUAGAAAUUCCUUCUGGUGAUCUUCCAGAAAUUCCUCGUAAGAUUCUUCCAGAAAAUCGUUCUAGAAUUCUUCUAGGAAUCUUUCCUUGGAUUCCACCAGAUAUUUCUCCCAAUUUUUCUAUUCCUCCUUAAAUUCCUCUUUGGAUUCCUUCAGGAAUUCCUAUUGAGUUUCCACCAGAAAUUCCUACUGAGAUCCCUCCAGGAAUUCCUCUUGAGAUUUCUCCAGGAAAUCCUACUGAGAUUUCUCCAGGAAAUCCUACUGAGAUUUCUCCAGCAAAUCCUACUGAGAUUUCUCAUAAGCGUUGCUACUGGUGGAAUUCUUAGUGGAAUCCGAAAAAAAAUUCUGGAGAAAUUCCUGAACAAAUCCCUGGAAGAAUUAAUUCAGAAAUUCCAGAGUUAUUGCCUGUUAUAAUACAAGGAAGAGUUCCAGGAAGAAUCCCAGGAGGAUUUCCUGAAGGAAUCGCUGGAGGAUUUAAUGGAGGAGUCCCAGGUGGAGCUUCUGGAAGAAUUCCUGAAAAUUUUCCGAAGGUAUGCCUGGAGAAUUCCCAAAAGAAAUCCUGGAGAAAUCUUUGGAGGAACACCUAAAGAAACCUGAGGAGAAGUUUCUGUAGGAAGCCCCGAAACAAAAUUUAGAGGAAUCUUAGGAGAAAUUUAUAGAAAACUUCCCGGGAUUUCCUGGAGGAAUCCCAGGAGGAUUUCCUGGAAGAAUCCCAGGAGGAUUUCCUGGAGGAAUCCUAGGAGGAUUUCAUGGAGGAAUUCAAGGAGGAAUUCACGGAUGAAUGCCAGGAGGAAUUCCUGGAGGAAUCCCAUGAGGAAUGCCAAGAGGAAUACCUGGAGGAAUGCCAAUAGGAAUACCUGGAAUUCCUGGAAGAAUCCCAGCAGGAAUGCCUGGAACAAUCCCACGAGGUACUCCCAGAAGAAUGCCUAGAGGAAUUCCUAAAGGAUUCCCUGAAGGAAUACUUGGAGGUAUUUUUGGAGCAAUCCAUAUUGGAAUUCCAAGUUGAAUCCUACGACGAACUCCUAAAGGACUUCCAAGUGGAAUCCUAGGAUGAAUUCCUACACACUUAAUUCAGAUUGCCGGGAUAUCAGCAUUUUUCCAUUCUUCUGCCAAAAUUUGCACAGCCGAGCGAUCAGCAAACAACAAUUUUGCCGGGAUCUCAGCAAUUUUGACAGUUCAUUGCUGAGAUUCGGCAAACGUUUUGCUGAGAGUCAGCUAACAAACGUCACUUUUUGCUGAGACAUCAGCUAAUAGCUUUGCUGAACACACGGCUGUGCGCGUUUUUGCCGAGCUCGCAAAUUUGUUUUAAGUGUGUAGAGGAAUUCUAGGACGAAUUGUAGAAGGAUCCCCAGAAAAAAACUCAUGUAAGAAUCCUUGGAGCAAUUCCUGUAAAAUUUCGUGGUGGAAGCCUUGGAAAAUUCAGAGAAAAAUGGCUGAAGGAAUCCAAGAAUUAAUUCCUGUAUUGAUACAAGGAGGAAUCCUAGGAGGAGUUUCAGAAGAUAUAUUUGUGGAAUUCCUGAAGCAUUUCCGAAGACAUUCCCGGAGGAUUCCCAAGAGGAAUGGCUUGGAUGAAUUUCUGGAGAAAUUCUUGAAGGCCUUUUUGGAGAAACCUCAGGAGGAAUUCCUAGAGAUAUACCAGGAGUAAUUGCCAUAGGAAGUUCAGGAAGAUUGACGAAGAUGAAUUUCAAAAGGAAACCCAGGAGGAUUUCCUGGGGGAAUCAUAGGAGAAUUUUCUGGAGAAACUCCAAGAGGAAUUCUUGGAUUGGGAUUCUUGGAAUCCCAGGAAGAAUUGCUGGUAAAAUCUCAGAAAAAAAACCUGUGAGUAUCCUAGAAGGAAUUCCUGGAGAUAUUCUUGAAAGAAUUCCUAGAGGAUUCCUUAGAGUAAUAUCUGAAGGAAUCCGAAGAGAAAUUCCUGGAAAAAUCCCAGGAAGAAUUAUUGGUGGAAUACCAAAAGAAAGCUAUGUAAUAAUCCUAGGAAGAGUUCCUCUAGGAAUCCCGAGGAGGAUUUCUUGGAGGAGUCCUAGGAGAAAUUCCAAGGAAGAUUUUAUGGAGGAAUCUGAGGAGAAAUUCACGCAGGAAUCCCAUGAGGAAUUCCAAGAGGAAAACCUGGAGGAAUGUCAGUAGAAAUGCCAGGAAGAAAGAGAGAAAUCAAUGAAGGAAGUCUAGGUGGAAUCCUAGCAUGAAUUCCUAGAGGAUUUCCAAGUGGAAUUCUAAGUUGAAAUCCCGGAAGAACUCCAGGAGGAAUUGCCGAAGGAAUCUCAGAGGAAACUCCUGUAAUAAUCUGUGGAGUUUUUCUAGGUGUUUCUCUUCGAUGAGUUCCAGCGGGAUUUUUUAUAGGAGUUCCUCCAGGUAUGCCUCUUGGAGAUCCCCUUUCUUUAGGUGCAUUCCUUCAGGAGUUCCAAGAGAUUUUUUUUUUCUAAAAUUCUCUUCGGGGAUUCUUUUGGGAGUUCCUUCAAGAACUCCUCUAGGAAUUCCUCUGGGAAUUGCUCUAGGAGUUCCUCCAGGUAUACCUCUAGGACUUUCUCCUGGAAUUUCUUUGGUAGUUCCUCCCGGAAUUCUUCCAGGAGUUCCUCCUUAAAUUCCUCAUGGAGUUUCUUCAGCCAUUUCUCUAGGAGAAAUGAAACUCCCAGAGCAAUUCCCGGGGAAACUCCGGAAGAAUCACUCGAGGAAUUUAUGGAGAAACUCCAAGAAAAAGAUCCCAUUGAAACUUCUAGAGGAAUAUCGGGAUCGCCUGCAGAAAUUCUCGGGGUAUCUUCCCAAAGAAUCACCGGAGGAUCUGCUAGAAAGAAAUUCCUUGAGAACUGGUAGAGCAAUUUCGGAGGAACUUUUGAAAAGUCCUUGAAAAUACUCCGACAGGAUUUCUUAGAGAAACUUUAGUUUAAUUCCCGGAGAAACAUACACACAAAAUCUCAAGAAGAACUCCAGGAGGAACUUAUAGAGAAAUUUCUGAAGGUACUCCUAUAAAAAUUCCCGACGGGAUUUCUUGCAGGAUUUUUAGAGGAACUCCAAGAGGAAUUUCGGGAGAAACUCAUAAAAUAAUUCCUGGAUGACCUUUGAAGAAAAUUGCUUACGACACUCUUUGGGAUAUUCAAGUAAUAAUACCCGGAGGAACUCCCAGAGGAAUUUCCGGUGAGAUUUUAGGAAAAAAAUUCCUAUGAAACUCCUAGAGAGGAAUUCCCAGAAGACCACCUAGAUGAAUUCUGAAGGGAACUCCUAGAAGUAUUUCUGGAGAAACCCCUGGAUCAACUCCCAGAGGAAUUCCUGGAGAAAUUGUAAGAGAAAUUACUGAAGGAAACAAUUAGAAGAAUUUGCGGUGGAAAUCCUGGGUAAAUAUGCGGAGAAACACCUUGAGGAAUUCCCGAAGGAACUUCCAUAGGAAUUUUCGGAGGUAAUUUUGGACGAAUUCUACUGGUACCGCUAAUUCUACGUAGAUCAAUUUCCGGAGGAACGCCAAUAAAAAAAAAUACAUCGUAACUCCAAGAAGAAGUCCCGAAUGACAGCAUAGAGGAAUUCCCGCAGGAACUUUAAAAAUAAAUUCAUAGAAUAGUUUUUGAAACACCUGUAGAGAAAUUGCUGAAGAAACUCCUUGAGGAACAAGGAGAAAGUCUUAUAGAAAUUCUUGGAGCACCUCCUAGAGGAACCCCCAAUGAAGCUCCCAGGGGGACUCUUAGUGAAAUUCUUGGAAGUCCUAGAAGAAUUCCCAGAGAGACUUCUAGUAGGUAUUCUAGGAGAAACUCCUGGAGAAAUUCCUGGAGUUACUCGUAGAGGAAUUUCUGAAGGAAUUUCAAGAUGAGUUUCUGAAGAAAUUUCAAGAAGAAUUCCCGAAGGAUCCACUCGUGGAAUUCUCGAACGAACUAAAAGAAAAAAUCCCGUAGGAGCUCCUAGAAGAAUUUCGAGAGGAACUCUUAGAAAAAAAUCUGGAGAAAUUUGUAGAGGAAUUCUCGGGAGAGAUACUCCUAGAGGAAUUCCAGGAGAUAUUUCUUAAAGAUUUUUUGGAGGAACGUCUGAAGAAAUUGCUGGUUGACGACCAAGAAGAACUCUCGGAGACACUCCUAGAAGAAUUCCCGGGAGAACUUCUAGAGAAAUUUCUGGAAGAAUUUCUGGAGAAACUUCUUGAGGUAUUUCUGGAGGAACUUCUAGAGGACUUCUUGAAGGAAUUCUAGUAGACAUCCCGGCAAAACUACAGGAAUUCUCAGAGAUACGAACGUACGAACUCUUAGAAAAAAUCCCAUUUGAAUUUCUAGAAGAAUUUCGCUGAGGCCUCCUUAUAAAUUGCUGGAGGAUCCUCUAGAAGAAAUCUCGAGAAAACUUUUUGGGGAAUUCUUGGGGGACCCCCUAGAAAAAAAAUCCGAUUGAAACUCCUAGAGGAAUUUCCGGAGGACUGACUAGGGAAAUCUCGAGGAAUUCCCUGAAGAACUCCCAGAAAGAAAUCUUAUAAAAACUCGAAGAUCAAUUUCCGGAGGAGCUACCUGAAGAAUUUAUAGAAGAAUGUCUAGAUAAAUUCCUGGAAGAAUUCCUAGACGAGAUUCUGGUGAACUUUUUGAAGAAGUUCCGGAGGAACUCCUAGAGGAAUUUUUGGAGGAAAUCCUAGAGGAAUCUAGGAUCUAGAUUCCCGGAGAAACCCAUCGAGGAAAUACUGGGGUAAGAACUCCUUCAGGAAUUCCCGGUUAAACUCCCAUAGGCAUUUUCUGGAGAACUUCUCGAGAAAUUUAUGUACGAAUACUUAGAAAAAAUCACAUUUGAAAAAUUUCCAAAAGAACUCCUAGGAAAAUUCCUGGAGGAACUCCUAGAAUAAAAUCAAAUUGAAACUCCUAGAGGAAUUCCCGGAGCAACUCUUAGAAAGAAAUCCGAUAGGAGCUCGAAGAGUAAUUUCCGGAUGAACUCCUAGAGGAAUUUUUGAUGGAACUCCCAAGAAAACUCCCGGAAGGACUCCUAGCGAAAUUCUUGGAAUUUCUAGAGUAAUUUUCGGGGAGACUUCUAGAAAAAAUUUCCUCUUGGAACUUCUAUAGCAAUUCCCAGAAGACCACCUAGCGGAUUAACCGGAGAUACUCCUCGAGGAAUUCCUUGAGGAAUCCUCGGAGAAUCUCUCAGAGAAAUUCUAGAGAAAUUCCCGGAUGAUCUCAUAAAAAAAUCCAAUCGGUACUUCUGAAAGAGUUUCCGGAGAAACUCCUAGAAGAGCUUCUUGAAAAAAUUCUGGACGAAUUUCUGGUAGAAUUCUCCGAGAAACUCCUCGAGGAAAUCCAGGAGUAACUCCUGAAAAAAGGCAUGUUCAACUUCUAGAGGAAUUUCUAGAGGUAUUCCUAGAGAUAUUUCCGGAGAGAUUUCUCAAGAAAUUCUUGGAGGUACUCCUACAGGAAUUAGAGGUAUACUACUUAAGAAUUGUUUGGAGGAGUUCCUGGAGGAAUUGUUGAAUGAUCACCAAGAGUAAUUCCCGAAAAAAUUCUUAGGAUUCCCGGAAGAACUUGUACAGAAAUUCCUGGAGGAACUCCUAGAGUAAUUCUUGGAGGAAAUCCUAAUAGAAUUCCCGGCGAGACCAUAGGAACUCUUGAAGAAACUUCUAAAGGAAGCUCCGCAGAAACUGCUGGACAAAUUACUAAGGGUGGGAACUCGUUCAGGAAUUCCCGGAGAAAUUCAUAUAGGCACAUAUCCGGAAGAACCUCUUGAAGAAUUUCAGAACAAACUCUUAGAAAAUAUGCAUUUGAACUUUUUAAAGGUUUCUAGAGAAACUUCUGGAGGAACUCUUAGAGGCAAUCUCAAGAGAGCUCUUUGGGGAAUUCCUAGAGAAACUCCUAGAAAAAAAAAUGCAAUUGAAACUCCUAGAGGAACUGGCGGAGGACCGACUAGUGAAAUCCCGAGAAAUUCUUUGAGGAACUCCUACAAAGAAAUCUCAUAGGCACUCGAAAAGCAAUUUCUGGAAGAACUUCUAGAGGAAUUUCCGAAAGAACUCAAGAAGAAUUCCUGGAGACACUCGAAAAGGAUUUCACGAAGUAACUUCUAGUGAAAUCCCUAGAGAAACUCCAAAGAGUUUCCUUUGGCAGUCCUCGAGGAAUUCCCGGAGGAACUUAUAGAAAAAAUCCUACUUCUAGAAGAAUUUCUAGAAGAAACUCUUAGACAAUCUCCUAGAGGGAUUCCUUGAGGAUUUUCUACAGGAGAUUUGCGAGGAACUUUGGGAAGAAUUCUCGGAGGAAUUCCCCAAGAAUAUCCUGGAGAAGCUCGUAGAAAAAAAAUCUUUUGAACUUCUAGAAAUUUUCUGGAAUUUCUUGGUUGGGCUCCAAAAGGUAUUUCUGGAGACACUUCCCAAGGUAUUUCCAGAGGAACUCGUAGAGGUACUCCUAGAGGUUUUUUUGGAGGAACACCUUGAGGAUUUCCGGGAGGAACUUCUCAAGAAAUCUCCUGAAGACUGCCUUGAAGGACACCUUGAGGAAUUCGUGGAGGACCUCCUAGAGAAAUUUCUGGAGGUACUUCAAGAGGAAUUCCUAGAGAAAUUCCCGAAGGAAAUCCAUUGAAUUUCUAGAUGUAUUUCCGGAUGAUAAAAAAAUAUUCACCGAUCCACCCAAAAUCAUCGGAUAUACCAUAUAUGAUUUCUAUGAAAUUCGUAGCUCUCCUAUGAGUCGACGCUUACAACCGACUAGAGUUUCGAGCAGUUUUAUUUUCUCUGUAUGUUUGAAUGAAAUAUGUUAAAUAAAUUUGAAUCUAUAAAAUGUUUCUGUUUUGUUUAAGUUUUGAGAAGAUUUAGUUUAUUUUCUCUUAGUUUUCCAUGCAAACCUUGAGCUGCAAUCAAUGCAAUGCAAUGAAUGCAAAUCAAUGCAUUUGCUGCUACAUAAAAUCAUUGAUUGAGUAUUCGAGCAACUUGCUCGAACUGCACGAAAUCAUUUUCAUAGCAACUAUUUCGCAGCUACCAAACGCACCUGCCCUGCCAGGACGGCGUUUGUUUAUACCGUGCUCUAUUGUUCUCCCAUCUGCGGGCAUCCAUCCACAGCCUUCAGCCGGGAGAGUUUUUUUUCUCUUCUGCUUUGUUGGUAUCGACUGAAAUGAGAAAAUUGAGGUCGGUGUGGAUCACCGUUUUUGUGGUUGCCAAUAAUGAUUUGAGAUCCUACCUUUAGAUACAAGAGGUUUGAUAAGCCUAACCAUUUAUGAUUCCAUGCUGUGAUAGUAUUUAGUUUCAAUAUAAAUGAAAACACAAUGAAAUGCUCGAUGAAACAAUAGUGGAAAUCUUCUCCGACGUCAAGCAUAACAAGAAGUAACUCUGCUUGUUAUAUAUAAUUCGCCAUGCAUUUUAUUGCUGUAUCAAUACAAUACACUUAUUCUUGUUCUACUUCUUCGUAACUCCCGUCUUUUGGACUCAACCUGCUACUUAGCUUGUACUUAUAAAGCAAAUAGCAAAGUGGUUUCUAUGAUCGAUAAAUCAUUUUCGCUUUCUUAUAUCGUAUAUGCAUGCUAAGAUACCCAUAGCCUUGGAUAACAACGAUAAUUUAUGUAAAGUUUAUGUACUGAUCAAGAAACGAGCUCAGACACCAUCAGUAUAUUCUUGAUGAAUGCCCGACCUUUUACUGAGUCAGUUAUAUUCACAUCUUUCAUUAUUAUAUUUGUUUACAUUAUUUUCUUUCUCUGCAAAUCUUCUACCAUAUCCAUGUUAUAACUUUUGUCACUGAGGACAAAAUGAAAACCAGAAUGUUGAUACAAAAUCAUCUUGUACAACUUUGGCUAUACUGAACCAUAAACUCAUUUCAAAAUAAUCCUGGCCACACUGCCAACCCCGAACGAGUGGGACAAGCUGCCUCUCCGAGAGAGCUAAAACGUGCUUUUUCAACGGCAGCACGUGGUAAUUUCAAAUUUUCAACGGACGAGCUUGACCUCAGACCUUAAAUACUAGUUUAUAAAUUUCUCUGUUGCUGUUUUCUGUGUAUGCUUAACGGGUAGCUCAAGCUCAAGAGCGGGUAGCGCCCUUGUCAUUGGACAAAUGUUGUUGGGUUUUCUGUUAUGUUUUAUUGUUUGGGUUUUUAGGGGCUGUCCAUUUAUUACGUAAGGGAAUUUUCACGAUUUUUCGGCACCCCCACCCCCCCUUGUAAGAUUUUUUGUAUGAAACCUUAAAUAUUUUUGUAUGACUCGUAAGAUUUUUCAAACCCCCCCUCCCCCCAAAAACCCUUACGUAAUUAAUGGACAGCCCCUUACCUAUGCCGUUACAAACUGACGGUUUAUGACGGUCGGGUUUUUUGUGAUGGUUUGCAAAAAAAAGGGUUUCUUCUAAUUGUUUUAUGACUUUCGGAUUUCUGAAUUUAUCUAUUAAUUUAUCUAGCAUGCUAAUAUGCUACAUAUGAAUACCUGCAAACUCGAGUUUUGCUAAAAUCAACGUGUGUAUUUCACUGAAUAACUGUCGCGUACACUUAUAUAGGAAAAUAAAUUCGGAUUCGGAAUGUUUUGAUUCAUAUUCCGCUAAAAGAUUUGUUAUUUCCGUAUAUGUUGCGCGAGCAUCUCGAAGUUUCGUUGUCAAAGUGUUUUUUUUUAUUUACGAUUAGGGGCUUUUUUAAAAUUGCUCAAAGUUGCAUUCAAGUGUGCAAUGUGACUAUCGAUUGCACGUUUGUUUAUUUCAACCUCCAUUCACUAAAUAACUUGCCAAUAAUGCCAACAUUUUUGAAGUUAGCCAAUCAAAUUCGAAUGAAACCGAAAUUUUUGAUACGCAAUAUUAAAUGAAAAUUGAACUGUUUUGUUAUUCCUGGCUAAAUAGUAAACUCACUCUUACUAAAAAUAGAAACAAACUUACAGUUGUCGUCGUCUUUGGAAAGCUCAGAUUCCUGAUAGCACUACGUUGAUGUUGUACGGCGGAGGCGCACUCCUCAACGCUCGUUUUGACGUCAGAGUAUCGGAUUUUGACACCUGUGCAUCGCACUGGAUAAACUGUGCACCUUCUGUGUUGUACAUCGGACCGCUCCAAGUUGCCGGUUAGCCCAUCAGGAACGGUUUCACUUUCUUCUUUUCAUUAAUGUGGUGGGGUUCUUGUGUUACAUAUAGAACUAUAAACCAGUUAGUGGCAUAGACGAUUUGAUUUUCUGUUCGUUGUUUCACACUCUGCACUGCUCUACAGUAAUAAUAAUAUUAUCGUUUGUUGCUGUCUCUGGUUACACAUCACUUCAGUUUUUCGAUUAUUUUUCAAUUGCGAUUAACUCGAGAUUAUCUCUCGACAGUGCCCUAGCACGAUCGAAACCUUGACGACGCCACUUCUUCUUUAGCACUUUACGGAGGAUCCAUAACAGUUGUAUAGCAUUAACUGCUAAAAUGAACCAUAAUUUGAGUUCGUGUUCUUCGUGGAAUAAGUUGUUCGCCGUUAAAUGGUCUUCAAUGUUAAUAUUGGUAGUCCCGUCCUGGAGUUUGGACUGAGAUUUCCCCAUUUUUAUCACCAUUAGUAAUAGGCUUAAGCACUUUAUUUUCCACUGCACUAAAUGUUCUUUUUAAUGUAUGGCAUUCCUUGCCAUUUCCAUUGUCACUCUUAGUUUUUCGUAACAACCGAUGAAUUUUAAUCAUUACUGCCACAAGUAGUAUCGAAAAAAUCAGUACACUAAGUUCACGAUACAUUAUUGGUUAUUAUCACUGUCGUGUUACUCGUUCCGAAUCACGGAUGUGAUAUGAUAAAAACAACCUCACUGUUUGAAGAUACAAACUUGAAUCAAUUUAUUUGUUAAUUUUGGUUUACAGGCAACCUGCUGGAAACAGUUGAAGUUUACGCUUAUGUAUAUGCUAUUUACUCGAUCACCAAUCAGUGAUCAAUAUGGUGAAUACGGGAGACUAACCAAGAGAGAUAGAGAGAAAAGAGAUAGAACGUAAGGUCGGAGAAGGCGAUAUACCGAUUGUGGCCUUGGCAACAGACACGACAUAGUCAUAUUGAAAUAUGAGCAUGACGGGUUAGAGUCCCUGUGUUCUGGUCGGAAACAAUAUAAUGUAUAAUAGAACGAAAUAAUUCUUCGUCUCGCUCGGCGGCUUCGGCAACUGCGACGGUAUCGGCCUAUAAUAACACUUUAGCAGUUAAACAACAAUCAUUUCCAACAUCGUGUUCGCUGGUGUUCUGGUCGGAAGAAACUCAGAGAGGAUUGGCGGUGAACGUCACAACUUGAGGAAUAAAACAACGGACAGCGUGUCCGCUCAGUUAAACUUGAACUUCACGAAUCAUGUGUCUUUAAUGUUCACUAUAUCUUAUAUAUUAUGUUUACACAUUUCUCUUAGCCUAGGUAGCUGUUUGUACAACAGUCUGGUGAUGUUUUUACAGGUAAGUGAUGUUUAUCUAAAAGGUAAGUUUAUUGUUCAUUGCCUUGGCAUUGCAGUGCCGUUACGUAUGGGUUUUUUUGUUGACGGUUGAAAGAAAGGUUAAAAGCGAUGGGUUUUUUGUUUGUUGGUAAAAAGGUUGUUUGGGUUUUUACAACUCGAAGAGGUAAGAAAGUAAGUCGGUAUUUCCCGUCGUUGACCAUUUGGGAAACCCUAAUCAGUGUAAUUUUAUGAUUGUUAAUUUGGAAUAAUUAGUAUGCUACACCUCCCUCCUUAAGAAAAAAAAUUGUAAAUUUUUGACAAAAAAAAGGGACAAUUUUUUUUGAUUAUGCUUUAAUUAUUCUAUUCUUAUGAACUGUUGACACUUUGUUUGUGUUUGGAUGUGAUAUGGUGCAAUUUGUAUCUUCUACUUUAUCUACUAUGUAAGGACCUAUAUAAAAUGAGUCUAACUUCUUUCUGUUUUCGUUUUUAAUGUAUACUCUAUCUCCUAAGUUUAAUGAAAUUGGAUGUAUAUUUUUGUUGGCUAUGCUUUGACGUUUUUGUUUAUUAUCGAUUAGGUUUUGUUUCGCUAUUGCAUUGGAAUUUUGAAUUUUAAACUUUAAUUCGUUAAAAUAUUGGUCGAUAUCAUAGAUAGGUUCGAUUACAGAGCUAUUAUAUAUAUUUUGUGGAAGAGUAGCUUUAUGUCCAAAAACGAGCUCAAACGGAGUUAGGCCAUGUUCUGUAUGCUGAGUGGUGUUGAAACAAAAUUCAUAAUAUUUUACCCAAUCAUCCCAGUCCGAUUGGUGAGCAUUAACAAAACAUCGCAGAUACUCAUUGAGACAUCUGUGAUUUCGCUCAAGCGCACCAAUGGUCUGUGGGUGAUAGGCUGUACUAAAGGUUUGUUUAAUUUCAAGAAUCUUACAAAUUUGUUCUAAUACCUGAUUAUUAUAUUCUGUUCCUUGAUCCGUUCUUAAUUCAAGGAAGUGUCCAUAUUUGAGGAUAAAAUUUUCUACGAGUGCCUUGGCAAUCGUAUUGGCUUCUUUAUUAGCUAGUGGUAUGAGAACUAUGUACUUGCUCAAAUUGCAUUGAAUGGUUAAAAUAUAUCUAUUAUCGCUGUGAGUUCUUGUAAAGGGUCCAGCUGUAUCCGCUGAAAGGACUUCAAAUGCCUUGGAAGGAGUAGUGGUUACGACUUCUGCUUCCUUAGUAUGUCUAGUGAUUUUAUUUAAUUUACAUGUUUCGCAAUUCCUGACAUAGGUUGUGAUGUCAUUUUUCAUAUUUUUCCAUUUGUAAAACUCUCUAAUUUUUAGAUAUAAACGAUGUUGUCCAACAUGUCCACCUACCGGAGUAGCGUGGUGUUGAUGUAAUAUAUGGUUUAUAUCUUCCUGCUUCGUCAAUAUUGUUGGAGGUUUGUAUAUGAUUAGCUGAUAACUGGAAAUGGUUGUGUUAACGAUUUCCUUUAUAGUAUGCAGGGAUGCGUUUCUAAACAAAAUGUCCUCUGUUGAUAAUGCGAUAAUAUUUCUUCCGUAUUUCUCGAGUAUUUUUCCAAUUUCUAGAAACGCGAACUCUAGUGUUCGGCUUCCAUUAGCGCGCGUUAGCGGAACGUUGACUGCUCCUAAAAUUUUCUUAUAAUUAUGGUUAAAAAUGAACAUUCUUAACUGGUUGUGGUGCACUUCAGAACCAAGUUUAAGUAGUUUUGUGGUGUAUGACGGGUUCUCGGUUUGCCAAGCUGUAAGAUGAUCAGUCUUACUGCAGUUUUUCUUUGAAUCCGUGGACGUAGUUAAUGUUGCUUUUUUUCUUGCCAUGGCUCUUGUGUUAACCAUGAGAACACUUAGCGUUUUGAGUUGUUCUGAGGUAGUAGGAAUUGCAAUACGUGAGAGCGCGUCCGCACAAACGUUUGCUUUUCCCGCUACGAAUUCAAUGUCAAAAUUAAAUUCUUCUAAAUCGACUCUCAUUCUAGUGAGUUUCGAUGUAGGGUUCUUCAUAUUGAAUAAGUAUACUAGAGGUCUAUGGUCUGUCCUGACCAAAAACCUAUUUCCGUACAAGUAUGGUGUGAAAUAGUUAACGGCCCAAUGAAUUGCUGUUAACUCCUUUUCAAUUAUUGGUUUAUUACGCUCUCCUGGUGUGAAACUUUUGCUUGCAAACGCAACUGGGAAGUCUCCAUUUUCGUACAUUUGGGAAAGUACAGCACCACAUGCUAUAUCCGAUGCAUCUGUGGUCAGUAUAAAUUUUUUAGAGAAAUCUGGAUAGCGCAAAAUCUGAGGUGACAUCAAAUAUUGUUUGAGUGUCUGAAAACUUUUUUCAUGAGCUUUGGUCCAUUGAAACGUUGAACCUUUUUUCUGUAAAUCAUUUAAUGGUUUGGCAAUAUGCGCAAAGUUUGGGACAAAUUUCCUAUAGUAAUUGCAGAAAGCUACAAAUCUACGAGCUUCUUCUGCGUUUGUGGGUGUAGGGAAGUUUUUCAAUAAAUCGAAUUUUGAGUCAUCCGGCAGAAUUCCUUGAUCUGUAAUUUUAUGACCAAGAUAAGUAACCUCGGCUCUGAAAAAUUUACAUUUACUGGCAUUAAGUUUCAAAUUGUAAUGCCUUAGUCGUUCAAAUAUUUUUCGUAAGUUAUCAAGAUGAUGGUCAGAAGAACAUCCUGUAACUACAAUAUCAUCGAUGUAGAUGAAAGCACAUUCUGGAGUAAGUCCAGCCAUUGCUAUAUUCAUCAUUCUUUGAAAGCUGUUUGGGCUGAUAUUCAACCCAAAUGGUAAUCUUUCGUCUGAUUUCUUUGGUACUAAUAGGAUAGGUGAAUUGUACGAAGACACCGAUGGUUCAAUAAUGUCUUCAUCAAUUAACUUUUGUACCUGAUCCUGAAUUUCUUUUUGUUGGGAGUGAAUACUUUUAUAAUUGGGUAUAUACACCGGUGCAGUAUCCUGUAAUGGGAUAUGCUGUGAAUAAAAAUUGUUAGUGGUCAGGUUUUCUCCAGGUAAACAGAAUAUGUCCGGAAAAUCUUUGACUAACUUUUCCAGUUUCGGUCGUACAUGGGAUGAAACUUGAUCCAGUUUAAUUUCUGAAAAUAUUUUGUUUAACCGAACGUUUCGAUUUAUUUGAGCAUCACUGCCUUUAGGCUCAGGCUUAGUGUAAUCAUUUAAUGGGUCAAUUUUCGGUUCAAAACGUGCAAUAGCAACCUGUUUGGAGGUCGUAUUUAUUAGUUUUACAUACGGAGCAUUUGGCGAAACUAUAGUAUUCGCGCAGAAUACGCCUGGAAUGAUUUCUUGUGACAAAACCACUGAAUCGGUGGUUACUUCAAAGUUCGGUAUUUUCCUAAUAACUUCGCAUCUUGCUGGAAUCAAGAUACUGUCAUUAAUCUUAUCUUCUAUGGGUACUGAUACCAAACUAUUAUUAAAGUUAAAGUUGAGCAACCAACUCUCGUAAUCUAAUGUGCAUUUGUAUUUAAUGAAGAAAUCCCGACCUAAAAUACCGUCGGUCAAGAUGGGGAAAUCAUCUCCAACUAGUUGGAACGAAUGAUUUACCGUUAAAUUGUUUGAAAAAGUGAUGUUCGUAUUGGUUUCACCAAUUGUGGUGGUGACGCCUUCUGUAAUACCGGUUACCCUAAAGACUACAUUAGUGUUAAUCAUUUGCAUAGGAUUUAAUAAUCCUAUCUUACUAAGCGAAAUUUCGGCUCCUGUGUCGACGAUAAACGUGCAUUUGCGAUUGGCCAUUUGUACGUAUAACGUCACAAAAUUGGCUGCACUAGUAUUUAUUGUAUAUAGUGAUUUGGUGGGCCCGUGUACUGGCCCUGGUGCCCUAAAAAAGUAUUGUUUUGCAUCGAGCCACCUGGUUGCAUAACUGGGCCACCCGGUGGCAUCGUCAGCCUUUGAUGAUGGUUUUGUACUACUGCCAUUGAAGUUGGGGUGUCGAAUGACAUUGACGCCUGCAAUGGUUGAGCCUGUUCGGCGCUCGUGGUAUAAAUGGUUCUUGAUGGGAAGUUGGACCUUCCACGCUGGAAGCGAUUACUAUUAUAACCGUUAUAGAAUCUUUGCGGUGGGUUGUUAUAUUGCGGUUGAUUGGACUGAGGUCGGGGUUGUUGGGAUCCCUUUCUAGUAUAAUUUCGGUUGAAAUUAUUUCUGUGUUGUGGUUGUGAUUGCCGUUGAUCUUGACUUCUGUAAUUGUCGCGAUGUCCGUAGUGGUUUUGAUACCCACGAUUUUGACUAAACGAGGGACUAAACGAGUUCCUCUCGUUGUGCCUAGGGUUUGAAUUGAACGCUAGGACUUGGGUGUCGAUAUUGUUGGUUGUCGCGUUUUCCGUUACCUUUUGAAUUGCCUGAUUAAUGUCCGUGAAAGUAGAUGCUUUCAGUAUUAACCUGGCUUCAUUAUUGGUAACGCCGGAGGUGAGGGCGUCAACUCCUGCUUUGGUUGCCAUUUGUUUCGCUACGGCAGUUGGCACUCCGGCCUCCACGUAUGUUGCUUGUAGCUGAUGGCAUAGGGACUCGACGGUGUUGCAAAACUUCUCCGUGUCUCCCCUUUGUUUGGUGGUCUUUAAUUUGGCCACGAUGGUCUCGGAUGUUACAGUGCCUUUGCAUCUGUUUUUAACAUCGUUGAUCAACUCAUCGAUAGUGGCUAAAGCAUCUGGUAGGCCCAACCGAGCCUUUCCGGUCAGCCUGGUUUUUAAAAACCGUAUUGCAAUCGGUACGUGUUCCGCGGUGGUCAGUUCUUUCAGCAAAUUAGCUGAGUCGACAAAAGUGUUCAGGGCAUCGUGUGAGCCGUCGUAUGGCUGUACGAUCGCCGUCGCUGACUUGACGUCAAAAGGUGCCGGGUCUGGCAUUGUAAUAAUUUGUGUGUUUUGUGUAGAUGUGAUGGAAACGGUGGGUGUAUUUUGCCACGGUUUAACGCUUCCACUUAAUUUUUGGCAAAAUAUUAUGGCGUUGACAACGGACUUGAACAAACGUGUAUUAGAAGGAUUUGGAUUUGACGUGAUGGAAACAGUGGGUGAAUAAUCCCACGAAUAUUUGUCGCCACUUAAGCGUUUGCAUAUGAUAAUUGUUUUUGCCACAGAUUUUAAUGAAUACUUUCGAGAGGUAGUAGCUAUCUGCGUAUUUUCCAGAAUAUUCAUACAUUCAUUAUAUUUUGUUUUAAGUGCCUGGUACGCUUCUAUCUCUCUAUUCCAUUCUAAUGGUGGUAUUCUAUUGGCGUAUUUUUUUAAAAUGAGUUUGUAUUCGAUAAAUAAAUCUUUCAAGAUUUCGGUUUUUUCUGUUACCCCUUGUAAUGAGCGUGGACGAUUUAUGCUUUUUAAUAAAUUUAGGUGUUCUCUGCUUAUGUAUUGGUUGAUUUCCUUCAAUCUGGUCAUCUGAUUUAUUGCAUCGUAUAGGAAAAAGGAUUAAUUUAAUUUAAGAUCAUACCAACCAGUCCGAAGAAUUUGUUUUAAUGCUCGUUCUCGUGCCCUAAGGGUGGUCUGAUUCUGACCGUUCGCCCCUUUCGUUGCUCAGGGUGGUCUGGUUCUGACCGUUCGCCCCUGAAGUUAUGGAUCUCUGCGCUCCGUUCGUUGCAUUGUCCCACAGGGUGAUCUGGCCUCGACCGUUCGCCCCUGGACUUGUUAUAUUUUGAUGAUGCUGACCACGGAAUUGUGCUACUGCAUUUCACCUUUUUCCACUGCGGCGGACUGCGCUGCCGCGAUGAUCACUUGUAUUAAUUUCGUUUGCGCGUUCGUCUUCUUGCGCUGCAUGUAAACGUACGAAACAGUGAUAAUUAGCACUGUCAACACAAACACUAAUAUUGUGAUGGAUACUAGGCACACCAUAUGUUCUGUUUCAUUGUCUUUUUCACUCACGGUGUUGGUUAUCGUCGUUGUUGUAGGUUCCGUCGUGCUUCGUUCUUCUGGAAGGCGUGCCCAAAUCGGCCGACAGCCGGGUGUUCCACAUGGGACUCUAAACAUUAGUCUGUUAUAACGCGCGAACGUUAUUUAACACAGCCUCUCUUGUUGCCGCGUGCUUCACAUGGGCCUUCAUAUGGCUAUUGUAAGCCUUAAACAUUCCGAAAGCAACUAAUAUCACUGUGAGUACCACGAGUACGAUUGCGAUUAUCCUCGUUUCCUCGACCGCCAUGUUGUUGUUUGUAAUAAAAUUUUCUGUAGAAAACCAGCCCAUCUUUAAUGUUUGUCACUACCAAAGCACUUGUUUCACUUUUGUAUCGCACACUUCUAAUUCGAUGAUUGCAGAUUUAAAUCACCGGUCGCCAUGUUCUAGUCGGAAACAAUAUAAUGUAUAAUUGAACGAAAUAAUUCUUCGUCUCGCUCGGCGGCUUCGGCAAUUGCGACGAUAUCGGCCUAUAAUAACACUUUAGCAGUUAAACAACAAUCAUUUCGAACAUCGUGUUCGCUGGUGUUCUGGUCGGAAGAAACUCAGAGAGGAUUGGCGGUGAACGUCACAACUUGAGGAAUAAAACAACGGACAGCGUGUCCGCUCAGUUAAACUUGAACUUUACGAAUCAUGUGUCUUUAAUGUUCACUAUAUCUUAUAUACUAUGUUUACACAUUUCUCUUAGCCUAGGUAGCUGUUUGUACAACGGUCUGGUGAUGUUUUUACAGGUAAGUGAUGUUUAUCUAAAAGGUAAGUUUAUUGUUCAUUGCCUUGGCAUUGCAGUGCCGUUACGUAUGGGUUUUUUUGUUUGUUGGUAAAAAGGUUGUUUGGGUUUUUACAACUCGAAGAGGUAAGAAAGUAAGUCGGUAUUUCCCGUCGUUGACCAUUUGGGAAACCCUAAUCAGUGUAAUUUUAUGAUUGUUAAUUUGGAAUAAUUAGUAUGCUACACUUUCUACAAGAGUAAUGUUGGAAUUAAAAUAAGUAAACAGAUCCAAUUUUUUUCCACUGUUUGCUUUUCUUGUAAAUGGAGAUCUAAUACUCUCUGUUUCAAUUAUUAAAAUUCUAGGAUGAUCAGUAGUAAAUCCGUUGUAACCACAAAUGCGAGUAUCUUCUCGUGUUUUGAUCGAAAAUACUUGCGUUUCUGAAAUAGUGCUGUAAACCACUGAAUGAGUUUGCGUUAUAUUACCCUCUAAACUUGUAGUUUUAUGGACAAGUCCUUCAUAAAUUACUUCAAAUUCAGUUGUUUCACAUGAUUGGUUCAAGUCUACAUUCCAGGUCAAAUAACCUUCUUCGGAAUGUGGCAUCCCUGCUACCCACUUCCAAGAUCCCCAGAAUUCAUAGCUUUUCCAAAUCAAUCCUUCGAUCAUUUACGCUUGCUAAUUUAGAAAUCGCAUACAAUCUGCUUAACAGAUGUGUGCCUCAUUCACGGUCAUAAAACGGUAACGUUGGAUAUUUUGAGUAUGCUGCGCUUGCAACCUUCAUAUUUGGUUUUUGUGACCUCAAAGCUUUCAAACUGCGCGUUCCAACUGCCUCUCUCUUCUAACUCCUUUCGACCAGAUUUUAAUAACUUGACGUACUCGGUAAAAAGAUUAUCUAAAAUUUGUUCCUUAGAUACUACCGUAUCUAAGGUUUUAGGUUUGUGAAUACUUUUCUUAAGGUUUGAAAAUUCUUUUGCAAUAAUGUCUUCUAUAGUGCGAAUUCUAUUCAUUUAGAAUAUCGAUUUAUUCAUUUUAUUUAGUAUCUAUUCACUUACUUUAUAAUCGGUUAAUCUGUACUCAUCUUUGUAUUGUUCGUCUUCGGUAGUGUGAUGAUUCGAUCCUCAGGGUGUCUGGUGCCGUUCGCCCCUGACGUUGUGAUUAGACUCUGGGAUGUCUUGCACUGUUCGCCUCCUGAUGUUGUGAUGUGUCCUGAGGGUGUCUGGUAACUGUUCGUCCUUAUAUUGUGAUAUUUAGCCUAGGGUUCGUCCUGGUCCGCUCCACGACGAGUUUUCUUCAGUAGGGAGUAGAUCUUCUACAGUAUAAUUGUGUAGAAUAACAGGAGCAACACCAACAUAGUAAUAAUUGUUCCCACGAUCGGGAUGUUUUCAAGGAUCGCAUGUACACUAGUCACCGUAAUUUCAUCUGCCUCCGUGGUGGUCGUUAUCCUUUCCGUUGUGGUCACUGAAAUUGGCCAACAGCCGCGCACUCCACAGGCCACUUUUAUCAUUUUUCUGCACAAAUGUUUUGCGUUUGUGGUUUUUGUUGGGGAACCGUUCCACCGAUUAUACAACGUAUUCUAUCGCGUACCGUUACUCGAUUCACUUCGCGGGUACUGUUUAUUGCACUUGUCUCAUGCUAUGUUACUGAGCUUCAUUUCCCUCUGACGCGUACUUCAGUACCGGUGGUGAUGAUUGAAUAAUUUAACACAUGACGGACAGCGUGUCCGCCUAAGAUUUUGCUUGAGAUAGAAUGUCUCGUUUUCUUUAUUACCUUUCUCUUAAAUACUAGUUUACACUUUUCUUCUCCGUUCAGGUACGUGACCCAAACAUGUGAGUAGGCAAAUAACUUAACGGUGUAGUGUCUGGCAUUGGCUACAAACUUUGUUUUAUUAUUUUAUUGUGGGUAACCCCUAGAAGGUUAGGGCGUUUCGCUUCUGAUGUUUAUAAUGUGAUGUUUUUGGGUAAAACCGUUGGUGAGUUUGUUUUGAGUGAAAUCGUAAGUUUCUCGUAGACAAAAGAACUAAUGACAAUGACAAUUAGACAUUUUGGAAUUUAUGCUAAUAGGUUUAUUGAUAUCGCUAAUCAACUGAUCUGUUGUUUAUUGUUGGGUUUUCUUAAAGUGAUCUAGUAUGCUACGGUUAGUAUGCUACACCUCGUUGGCACAUUCUUCACUACUGGCUACUAGUAUCACGACUGACUAACUAAAACUAUUGCUAUAACUUUUAUUUCAUCAACCGCGAUAUUGUUCGUUGUUAUGUUGUCGCCGAACCACGUCAUUUUUAUCACUUUUUUCUGUGCUUGCCGGUUUUUACUUAUUCACUUACUGUUCACGUUGAAGAAGGACUUGAGAACUGUCACGGUAUGCCAACUAAUAUUCUUCUUAACACUGUCAUCGACAUGAAGAAUACACGUACAUGUACGUACGUACAUGUAAACACGUUGUUCUCGCUUCCACGUUUCAACAUCGCCUUUAUUCUCUUCAUUUCAUCAUCAAUAUAUAUAGAACUUAGUUUCUACCUUUUACCUUCUACAUCAAAGUUUUCCUACAGUCACGCUACCUCAAACAGAUGUUUAACAACAUUUGGAUUUUCCCGAAACAGACGUAAUAAAAAUAACGACGGGUGACGCCUUGCCAAAAGGUUGCUAUCUAAGCGUAACUGUGCGACACGCCUUAAAAUUUUCACUUAUUCUUUUGCAAAAGAUAAUUGAGUUGGCUACAGACUUGAAUGAACGUUUUGAUGUUGUGGAAAUUUGUGUGUUCUCCAAAAUUUUUGCGCAUUCCAUAUAUCGAACUUUGAAUUCUUGAUAAAUUUCCACUUCAUCAUUCCAUUUUGUCUCCGAUAGAUAAUGUCUGUUCUUAUUCAGCACUAAUUUGUAUUCGUUAAAUAAAUCCUUGAGCGUUUCGCUUUUUUCAAGUAUCCCUUGUAAAGUUCGUGGUCGUUUUGCGCUUUUCACUAAAUUGGCAUGCUCUCUUUUUACGUGUUCGUCUAUUACCCUAAGCCUAUUCAUCAGUUUUUGCCAUUAAAUGUACUCCAGUUUUUAAAUGGGAAAAUUUGUGUUAAGUUUGAAAUUUUAUUUUACAUCACACAUCUUCACUAUUUCAUACCUGGUGUAAGUCUUCUGGACAUUUCGGAAUAGUGAUCUCUACACUUUAGUUCGGUGAAUGACAUUUAUUUUUCGAUUCCCUUCUUAAUUUAUACCUAUACAGAUGGAAUGGUCUCACAGGGUGGUCUGGCUGCGACCGUUCGCCCCUGUUAUUGUGAUAAUUAUUGUAGGCAUACCGUCGAUAGGGAACUGCAUACGGCGGUUGCUAUGAUAAAUUUUUCUAAGUCUUUGACGUUUCGUGGCCUUGUUGUUUACGAUUCGGACUUAGGAAAAUUUUCGUCAGGUUUCCUUAGGCAGUAUGAUGAAAUUCAAAAUAUGAGUUCGCACGUGCAGAGAAGUGCGGUAAUUUAAGACUUACUGCUAAGAUUCCACUAAGAGCUUCUGCAGUAAUUCCCUAGGCCUUCCUUCCGGAGUUAUCAGCGAUCCACAACUAACUGAGGCGUUCCAUCCACAAUCAUCCCUGGCGCCAUUCCGGUACCGCCGCCCGUCAGGACAGAGGAUCGACGAUACACCCUGACAAGAAGGAGUUUUAAAUCAACUUGGAUGUGCAGCAGACGGCUCAACGGAAGUUUCGGCAAAGGCCUCCGACAACAGCAUCAUCAUCGAAGGGAAACACGACGAGGAGCAGGACUAUCAUGGAUACAUCUCCGGAUACUUCAUUUGGCGUUACACCAUUCCACCGGGACACGAUUCCAACUACAUCAAAUGGUCGAUUUCGUCCGACAGCAUCUUGACGAUUCCAGUUUCGAAGAGGGCGACGACGGAUAACGCCACAAGUCGAUUCCGAUCUUUCAGGAAUUUCAAUCACUGAAAAGAGUCGGUACCGAUUACGAGAAGAAGGAGAGCAUUGCUAACAAACCUUAGUGGAGUGGUGGUCUGAAACCACAACUGUUUCAACAAUCUGUAUGGUCCCUUGGUUCACCCAGUAUUUGUUAAUUAUUAGCUGAAUAAAUUAUAUCUGUUAGUAUUUGAAUUCCUUUCGGAAUUCCUUCAGCAUUUUCUUUCGCUGUUUUUCUAGAAUUUUUUUUCCUGGAUUCCUCCAGGAGUUCCUCCUGAUGUAUCUAAAGGAGCUCCUCAUUAUUUUUUCAGGAAUGCCCUCUGAGUAUCUUACAAGAAUUUCUUCUAAUAUCUCUAAAACGGUUCCAACUAUAAUUCUUCAGGGAGUUCUUUCCGGGAGUCCUUCAGAAGUUCCCAAAGGUUGCGGGAUUCCUUUAGGAGUUCCUUCCGAGAUUUCUUUAAGAAUUUCUUCUGAGAAUUAGCCAGGAAUUCUUCAUAAGACUCUUCCAUGAAAUCCUUCCAUUGUUUUUCCUUAAAUUUAUUCCAGGAUUCCUACAGGAAUUCCUCAAGGAGAUUCUUCCAGGGGUUUUUUUUUUCCUGGGGUGCUUAAAGUGGUUCCAACUGGAAUUCUUCCAGGAGUUUUUUUUUUCAGAGAUGCUUGAAGAGGUUUCAUCUAGAAUUCUUCCAGUAGUGCUUUCUGGGAUUUCUCAAACAACUCUUCGCAGGGUUCCCACUGGGAUCUGCCUAGGAAUUCCUCUAAGAGUUUCUGGAUUCUUCCAGGUAUUCUUUCCGAUAUUUCCCCAGGAAUUUGUGCUGACAUUCUUACAGGAAUUCCCUCUGAGAUUCCUCCAGGAGUUCAUUUCGAGAUUCAUCUAGAAAUUAAUACAGGGAUUUAUAUUGGCGUAUUUUCUGAGAUUCUUUUAGUUCCUUUUGGAAUGUCUUCAGCAGUUUUUUUUUUAGAUUCCCACAAGGAAUUCCGGAAGAAAUGUUUUCCUUAAAAGAAUUAUCGGAGGAAACCCAGAAGGGUCUUCAAGAAGAAUCCCUUAAGAAAUUGUAUGAAGAAUUUUUCGAGGAACUCCUGUAAGAAUUUUAUAAGGAAUUUAUGGAAAAAAAAUCAUACGGAUCUCCUACAGUAAUUUCGUAAGAAUUAAUAUUAACCUUCUUCGUGCAUUAGCUUGCGCUCACCUCGCUGACCUAGUGCACGUUUAGGGGUCAUUAUGACUCCAAUGCACGACGAGGGUUAAAUUGUUCAUGAAGGAUUUCGUAACUCUACGGUGGCUCCCUGAAGGUAUUGCUAGAAGAAUUGUACACAGCGUUCUCAAAGGAAUCUUGGGUGAAGCUCUUGUAGAAAUCCUGAAGGAAUUCUGAGAGGAAUGCUUGCAGUAAGGCUGACACAAAUUUUGAUUUUCUCUUAUGUCAACCCCCACCCCUCCCCUCGGAAAAUUUUGGUCGGAAUUCAACAUUUUGAGGGGGGACACGAAUAAAUUAUUCUAUAAAUUUUGAAAUAUUGAGGUGAAACUAAAGACACCAAGAAAAUUGCUUAACAAAUCUGAUGAGUUUAUCGAUUUUGCCUAAUUGUUUGAGUAUUUUCCCGAGCAGAGGAAAAAAACUCAAUAACAGCAUAUUUUGAUAUGGAGAUCAAAAAGUGAUAUUUGUUUGUUUGAGAUAAGAGGUAAAAGUACUGAAAAUAAUAUCUCAAUUUUACUCCUGGAACAUCAUCAUCAUAGCACAUUUAGCUCUUGGUAAGAUCUAAUUAAUAGCAGUGAGCUAUUUGAUUGAUCUUCAAAUAUCAUAUUUUGCUAUUGGUUAGAUGGUUCAAGAACAAUUUUUUGCUAUUAUUUUCAGUACUUUUACCUCUUAUCUCAAACAAACCAAUAUCACAUUUUGAUCGUCAGUACUUGAACUCUGCCCGGGUUAUCAUCAAAUUCUUAUAUUAUUUAUUAUCCCCUCCCCUUGACGAGUGAACGAGCAUUGGGACAAAAGAAGAAAAUGAGAUUUGUUCCGGCCUAAUAUAGAAAAAAAAAACUUCUGCAGAAAUUGCGAAAAGAACUUCUGGAGAAAUCCCGGAUGAAAUGACUAAAGGGUUUCCAGAAAACAAAACUCCUGGAUUCUUGGAGAAAUCCCACUACAGACAACUUCAGAAAUCCUAGAAGAAAUUUCUUGAGGAUACCCAGAAGAAACACCUAUAGGAAUCCAGGAACUAAUUACUGGAAGUAUUCCGAAAAGAGCUUCUGGAGAACUACUGAAGGAGGAGCUGGGGAAGAUAAUAUAUUUCUGGAGAAAUUGCGAAAGAAAUUCUUGAAGAACUCCAAAAGAUAUUCAACAGAUAUCAUUUAUUCAGCUUCAAAUUAACAAGUACUGUGCGUACAGAGGUUCCUGACCGUGCAAAUUGUUGAAACAGUCGAAAUUUUAGACCACCAUUCUACUAAGAUUUGUUGGCAAUGUUUUCCUUCUACUCGUGAUCGAUUCUCUUCAGCAAUUGACCUGUCUAAACGAUGAGAAUCGACUUGUGGCCUUCCGCAUUCGCCAUCGUCCUCUUCGCAACCGAAAUCGUCAAUUUUAAGUGGUUGGAAUCGUGUCGCGGUGGAAGGGUGCAGCAAGCGCCAUAUGAAGUGCUGGGAGAUGUAGCCAUGAUAGCUUCUCGUCGUGUUUCCUUUUGACGGUGAUACUGUUGUCGGAGGCCUUCACCGAAAUUUCCGUUGAGCUAAACUGCUGCACAUCCAAGUUGAUUUAGAACUUGUUCUUAUCAACGUGAAUCGUUGAUCCGCUGGUCUGACGAAAAGCGAUGGUGCCAGGGACAAUUAUAGAUGGGACGCCUCAGUAGGUGUUGAUUCGCCGAUAAUUCCAGAAGGAUUUCCUGGGGGAACCGCUGCAGAAGCUCUUGAUGGAAUCUUAGCACAUCACUCAGCACGCGCAAACUCACAUUUUGAAUUUAAUCGCACUGCUGCCUAAGGAAACCUGGCGAAAUUUUUCCUAAGUCCGAAUCGUAAACAACAAGGCCACGAAACGUCAAAGACUUAGAAAAAUUUUAUCAUAGCAACCGCCGUAUGCAGUGCCCUAUUGCGAGACAGCGCUGGCGUAUUUUGCUUUAUUUGCGGUUACUGCAUAUUCUUCAAUGCGUUGGCCUGCGCCGUCGCGAUGAUUACUUGGAUUAACUUUGUUUGAUUGUUUUUCUUCUGCCUGUAUUUGGACAGGGCAAAGAUUGAAAUCACUAUGACUGUAAUCACCAGCGUUGCAAUAAUUGUCAGAUAGAUUAGCUGGUCACUAACACUAAAUUGCUCCAUCGAGUGUUCUUCGCUUUUAGUAGUUGAGUCUACUUCCUCUGGACGUGGUACCGUGCUCUAGACCGUGCUGCUUUCUGUCGUUGAAGUCACUAUUACGAGUUCGUUUACCUGGACACGCACAUUUAUUUUCACUGCUUACGACAAACGUACCCGCGAUCACACGAACUUCUAUCAUGUCUCAUUUGCUGGUUCAUUAUAGUGUCCCCGAACCACGACAUUGUCACUUUUAUUCACUAUUCGUAGAUUGCCGGUUUAAAGUCAGGUCGCCAUUAGGUGGAUCACUUACACGGAUUGUCGCCGCCAGUAGCUACUUUGGUCUGCGGUUAGGGAGACCGUUUUCACUACUGAUUCAAGCUACUUUGCUCUCCGAUUAGAGAGAGAAGUUUUCACUUGGUGAGAAACUGUUUCAAAAAUAACCUUAUCCGGUUUCGGAUUAGUGAGAACACUUUGGAAUGAGCUUUGAACUUCGACUUUAUUUACAAUUCUUACAGUGUGCAUCUUAAUUCUACGUGUUGCAUUAGUGAUGUAUAAUAGUUAGGUUUACAAGUUGUCAAAAACGGAAUUUUCAUAUCCCUUUCAGGACCUGGGAUUUACAAAAUAUGUCAUAAAUCUAAUAGAAAAAGGGCUUGGACUUAAUUGUCGCUGAAUAGGUUGAUAUUUUAUUUAUUUCCUCUUAUGUGCUAUGUCCUUCUCGAAUCUGGGAUUUUCGAUAUUUUUUAUCUGUUUUCAUGUUUUCUAACUUCAGAACCGAAGAGGCUUAUUAGUUAAGGCGUGGUUUAAAAGUAUAGAAUUGUGAAUCAUUUGUACGGUUUUCAAUCUAGUUCCUAUCUAGCACAAAGGGGUGAAAAAAGCUAUCUGCUAUUCCUAAGCCACAUGUGGGCGUGUUUUUUCCUAGCUCGAGUGCAUCUGCAUAUGCAUGCUUAGUCCUAUUUCAAGUGGUGCGAUACACGCUCAAAUCGGUCAGCUCAAAAAUGUGUAAGGAUCACUCAUUUGUGCAUAUUUUCCAGACCACACUAAAUUUGUGCAAAGUGACCUUACACAUUUUUGUGUUGAUGCCUGCGAAUCGAAACAGUCUGUGUAACUGUCACACAUCGAAGCGUUUGCAGACUGCUUCGAAGAAUGUGUAGCUGUCACACAUUGAUGGAACGCUUCCCUUGCUUGCAAAAUGAGUGAGAGCUACACAUUCUGAUCGCGACCGCGAUAUUAAAAUUGAUUUAUGUGCUUUCUGAGGAGCUCGAGCUCGAGCUCCAGAAUGCCGAAAGUUAUCGCUUCCUUCCAAGCUUUCUGCCUAGUCUACCAACCGGAUUAGAACCGAACGGCAAAGUUGCAAAGUUCGCUCCUUAUCCGGUUGGUCUACUAGGCAGGAAUCCCGGUAGCUAAAGUCAGGAGGAAGCGCUCCGGCAGCACAUAACGACAUACUUUUGGGUUUAUUGAUUCGUAAUUCAUCUGUGAAUAACUAUUUAUAUAAUUUAGCAAAACAGUCGUGCUUUUACUAUGCUGAGCAGCUAAAAAACCGGCAGCUCGCCAGCGCUCGUGAACUAUCUCCGCAGCAGCUAACUCAAGUGGUGUAAACAAAAAUAUCUUCUCUAAGCGUUUGUCAACCAUACGGCUUGCACAAAAAUGAGUAAGGUGCCAUCAACUUAUAGCAUGCGCUUGCCUUACACAUUUUUUUCACACAUUCCGCCAGCUUUGCAAGCUAUGACGGAAAGUGUGUAAGGGUUACACAUGCGGUGUGCAAAAAUAUUGAGGCGUGUAAAGUUAUUUCAAAGUUUUAUUUCAUUUUCUCGUUUUGGUAUCGACAUCGACCAUGCUUCGAUGGACCGUCGGGAAAUUGGUUUCUAUGGCUGUUUUUUUUUAUUGAUUACUCGCGGCGAUAUUCCGAAGCCCGUAAAUCGUUCUAGAUUUACUCAUACCUGGGUAUUGGUCCGCGAGUAUGAAGUUGGGUGUGGACGUGCGACUUGAGUAUAAAUUUCUUCUUCGUCUACUUGAAGUACUUCAUCAUCUUGUUUUUCGGGUUGUAAAUUAUUUCCUUGUCCGGCUGUUCUUUUCAUAGCGUUUCUGUGGGACAGAAAGUUAGUCAAAGAAUCCCAGAAUGACGCAAGUAGUUGCCAUCCUAGACCGUAUAUGUCGUACAAUAUGCGUCCAUGCAUUAUGGUAUCAAUCAGAAUCAGAAAUUUAAUGAAUCUACCAAUCAUGUACAAUCCUAUAAAUGUUGAGGUAAUAUUGCCUCAACGGGUUGACCACGACAUUAGCUCAUUCCAAUAUCUUUCUAUUAUGUUUUCGAUUACUUUCUUUGAAACCAGUGCUUCGAAACGGAAGCCUUGAAAUUCAGGUUGUUGUCCAAGUAAUAUUUUGUGCAACACAUUCGAUGCAACUCGUCUACAUAUCUCCUUGCUCGUAAAUCAUAUUUCUCAUUUUCUCUACGCUAUCAGAGUCAUAUACUCCGCUUUGCUUUAAGUUAGGUAGAUGUGUAUAUGACAAAGUUGUUGAUAAAUCGGUUGUGAGUUUUAACGGUGAGAUGGCUUCUCGGAUACGGCCGUCAGUUGUAUACCAUCUUCCACCUAUUUGGAAUUUGGCUGACAGAAGGGGUGUGCAAUCAAUUUGUGUACCUCUUUUUUUUGUAAAAUAUGAGUUGCUGGGGCAAUGAACAUAGUUUAAUUGUUCUAAUUUACAGGUAUUUCUUGAUAACAAGUAUCAUCAGAUCGAGGUGUUACGUAAACUGGUUUGCACUUCAAGAUGUGCAAUACUUCUCCUGCUACUACGGCAGUAUAUCCCGAUCUAUUAAUGAUGCUAGUUACAAAUUCGAUUGGGUUAAGGCGUGCUAAUGUGAGUUUAGUUUCCAUUAGUGUUUUCUGUAUUAGUAGUAUGCUCUUACACGGUUUCACGGGUUUGUGAUAUUGAUUAAACACAUCACACAAUACGGACAGCAUAUCCGCUUAUCCGAAUUUCCAUCUAAAAGACUGAGAAGGCUUUAUUUACAUCAGGCCUUAAAUACUAGUUUACAAAUUUCUCUGUUGCUGUUUUCUGUUUAUGCUUAACGGGUAGCUCAAGCUCAAGAGCGGGUAGCGCCCUUGUCAUUGGACAAAUGUUGUUGGGUUUUCUGUUAUGUUUUAUUGUUUUGGUUUUUACCUAUGCCGUUACAAACUGACGGUUUAUGACGGUCGGGUUUUUUGUGAUGGUUUGCAAAAAAAAAGGUUUUCUUCUAAUUGUUUUAUGACUUGGGGAUUUCUGAAUUUAUCUAUUAAUUUAUCUAGCAUGCUAAUAUGCUACAAGCGCCUUAUCCACCUUGCACAUUUCCGCCAUAACAGUGUUAUAAAGCUCUGUCAUGCUUUGGGGAAUUGAAGCCUAUCACCUCGACUAUGAGUAUGCGCGGGUGGUCGGUUGUAAAACCUAUGUGGCCACAUAUUUUUGUUUGUUCCUUUGCCCUUAUUGAAAAGAGAUGUGUGUUUGAAACUGUGCUAUAAACAAAAUUGGCUUUUUUCAAUUUGUUUAUUCUUAUUUUCAUUCAUCGUUUUGUUUACAGUGCCUUCGUAGAUCACUUCAUACUCCGUUUCUUCACAUUUAUUGUUUGAUGCCAUGUCCCAAGUAAUAUAUCCAUCUUCAGAGUCAAGACAUCUUCCAUGUGAAUAUACACAGAUCAGUCCGGUUCUUAAAUGUAUUGCAUCGUUUUCGUAAUCUACGGUAGCAACGUAAUCAUGUAGAGUUACUUCAUACUCGUAAUAAGCAUCAACCCAGGUAUGUAUAUAUCGGCGUUCUGUACGUCCCUUCUUUGCAAUUGCUACCCCACACGGAUCCGACUAUAAGGGUUUCCCCGCGAGUGGUUGCAUUGCGUUUGUGCUCGCGUAGUUGAAUAUCGUUUGUUAAUUUUACUAUACCCAACUGUUGAGAGUAUCGACAUUCGUCGGAAGUGAAUUCCUUUACUAUAUACUCGUAACUUCUUUCGUAUUCGGAGGUAUGAGAAUGCAUACCACAGUGUUUAAUAGUUCGUUUUAUUAUCACUUUGCAUUGGAAAGCUCUUAUGUUACUUUUGGCGUUUCUUUGUAGUACUUGAAUGUGUACUUCAUUCGUCGUUAAAUUGUUUAAUGGAGGGAUACAGGAAGCCACAUCUAAUAAGAAGUAACUUGUGAGGUUCACCUCAGGAUUGCCGCAAUCGUAGGCGAUUGAUCCCGAGCCUUCAAAAGACAGUGCGGUUCCGAAUAUCGCACAUGCCAGGUACAAUAUAACCAUCCAGUUCAUCCAAGUGACGGGUCUUACUCGCGACUUCGCCUUUUUUUAUCUUCGGCUUUGCUAUUUCUGCUGCUAUUUCUUUAACGUUGUCGACAUCUAUGGCUUUUUCUUGCCGAAUUCGUACCCUUUCAGUAUGUUCUCGGAUGUUCUUCCCAUAAAUUUUCUUUGUUUCGACGUACAGGCUUCAUCUACGGGUUGGUUAGAACUCCGUUUUGUUGCCGUAUUUUGCUUGGUGUUUUCUGUUCUGGGAUUUUCUUCUGUGGCGGGAAUUUCCGGUGCCCGACAUCCAUAACGGCUAGUUUUAUUACAGGACGGGUAUACUCUCCGGAUGUUGUUUUUACGACGGCCGAUCUGACCUGGCCAUCCUUUGAUUUAUGUGUAUUUGUUAUUAUACCUUUUUUCCAUCUGGCCUUUUGGUCGUCGUCGGCGAUCAUUACGACAUCUCCUUCUAGUACGUUUUUUAUUGCUUCGGACCAUUUUGUCCUUUUUGCCUGCGUAGGCAGAUAUUUGUGUAACCAGCGAUCCCAGUAGGUUUUUGCCAUCAGUUGCGCCUUUUUAUAUUACGAUCUAGAUGCUUCGGCUUUUGAAACAUCAUUCAGUGAAGGUUCUGCUCCUCCUGAACAUCCAAUUAGGAAGUGGUUUGGCGUGAGAGGCUCUUCAUCUGUUGCGUCUAGUGAUAUCGAAGUAAGUGGUCUUAUUCAAAAUGUUUCUAAUGUUGCCACCUUUCCUUAACCCCUUUCGGAUUGGUUGAUCAAAUCAAACAACGAACAAGGAACUUCGGGCUAGUAAUCACAAACUUCGAUUCUAUGCCUGGUGAAGACCGUUCUGCUGAUCUAUUAAUCAACGUCCGGAUUGCACAACGUGAAGAAAAAGACUUUCCUUCAGCUCGUCAACUCAACAACUUACUUUAGUUUCUAGAACUAUGGUCUUAUAUACACUAAACAAUCUUUCUACCUCCUACCAGCUACAGCUACCUUCAAUCGGUCGUUUCCUUCACACAGCUCGUCGCCGUGCGUCGUCCUACGUCCCGAAUGCGCCCGAUUUUAUGGCCCUAUUCUACCCGAUCCUUUAUCUUAUUAUCUAUCUACACGAUGAUAGGAUCGUCUGUGCCAUAGGAGUCCAUUCCGCUUGUCCCGUCAACCUUAUACCAGGCGGUCGUUCCAUAAUCAACCUUCCCAUCACGACGAAUCUUCGCUUGCAUAACCUUCUUAUGGGCAUCCAGGGCAUCCUGCAAGACUGACGGCUGAGUUGAUGUGAUCCCGAUCUGGGUGGCCCCUCUCUCCAGAAAUACGUUUCGAGCAUCAUCAGCAUCCCACUUGGUUGUAGCACGGCCUGACACGGAAGGACAACGAAUGCCUACGUAAGGGUCUGUGGCACCGAGUUUGGUUUGCGCUGCUGUAGCCAACUUGCAGACAUAGUGAGCAGGUAGAAGUUUAACCUUCUGGAAUUUGCCCGUUGAGCGACGUAGGAUCGGCUCUGUGGCAAACACGUGAAGCAGGAUGGCAGUGUCCUCCAUCCACAGACCGGUGACAGUAUAAGACAACCACUGUGAGUACACGGCUGUUGCUGCUCCAUCGACACACUUCAGCUGAAAAUCUUCGACCUUGGCUACCAUGUUAUACACGUUCCACAUUCCCUUGCCCGAGAAAUCCAUUUCUCCGAUAUGUUUCGGAAUCUGGGCUUCAGUUAGCACCGGUCUGUCAAGUUUGUUUUUCGGAUCUUCCAACGGAUAGACUGUUUGUCUUGACUUCAGACAUGAGAAUGUUUCUUACUUUCAAAAAAUAUCUUCCAUGGUUCCUAUCAGGAGACACUUGAAGUACCGAUAUAUAAAAGCGCUAUGUACAACGAUCACCAAUCAGCGAUCGUUGUUCAUGCGAAGGCGGGAGAGACAGAGUCCUUCAAAACUGCAUGACUUUACCCACAGCUGGUAACAGCGUGGUUCAAUAAAUUUGUAAUGCGACACUUUUCGUUUGUCGCCAAGAGUGCGAGACAUUGAACUGAAGGUUCAAUGUCGGUUUGAAUUUACCUUCUCAGCAUGAUUCCACUGGUGUGGUCUGCUGGAAAUGUAUGAUCGAAAGGAAUGUGAAUAACAUGUGCGCUGCGCAUGUUACAAGAGCAGGAGAGGGUUCCUUCUUGAUCUUAUGAUGAUUCUUGAUCAGCUUCACUUGCAGGACUUGCACGUCCUUGCACGAUCUUGAAUUUUUAAUUGUCUUGAUCUCCAAAAUGGCUGAGUCGUUUGGCUGAUAAUCGUGCCGGAGGCUCUGCUACUCAUCCAAAGCAAACGGGGGUUCUUUCGUCGCCAAUGUGGUACUUCCCCAGUUGACGUAUCGACUAGUAAUGAUAAUUCCAAGGGUUUUCAUAAAUGUUUAUUAAAAUGUCAAGAUUGGGUAAAACUUAAUUCUGACUAAAAAUGUACUUAUUAUCUAACUGCACGAUGAUAGGAUCCUCUGUGCCAUAAUCAACCUUCCCAUCACGACGAAUCUUCGCUUGCAUAACCUUCUUAUGGGCAUCCAGGGCAUCCUGCAAGACUGACGGCUGAGUUGAUGUGAUCCCGAUCUGGGUGGCCCCUCUCUCCAGAAAUACGUUUCAAGCAUCAUCAGCAUCCCACUUGGUUGUAGCACGGCCUGACACGGAAGGACAACGAAUGCCUACGUAAGGGUCUGUGGUCUGUGGGUUGGUUUGCGCUGCUGUAGCCAACUUGCAGACAUAGUGAGCAGGUAGAAGUUUAACCUUCUGGAAUUUGCCCGUUGAGCGACGUUUUACAAAAGCCUGUCCAUAGUCCUUCCGUAGGAUCGGCUCUGUGGCAAACACGUGACGCAGGAUUGCAGUGUCCUCCAUCCACAGACCGGUGACAGUAUAAGACAACCACUGUGAGUACACGGCUGUUGCUGCUCCAUCGACACACUUCAGCUGAAAAUCUUCGACCUUGGCUACCAUGUUAUACACGUUCCACAUUCCCUUGCCCGAGAAAUCCAUUUCUCCGAUAUGUUUCGGAAUCUGGGCUUCAGUUAGCACCGGUCCAUACUCGUACACGUACUGGUCAUGCUCGUUCAGGGUGAUCUUGAAAGCCUGUGCCCAAGUCAGCAGCGCUCCGGUUUGAAAGGUCCCUCUCAGGAAGGCCCAUGGGAAUGCGGCUUUGUGUGUCUAUUUGGCCGUGCCCAUCGCUACAAUGUCUAGAACGCCACUGACCAGACUGGGGUAUUGAGACUUUGUGCCUUUCAACACGCGGGCAAUUCACGCUAUGUUGGGGACACCUGACAUCUGUGCCACCACAGCCUUUUCCCAUUUGGUCUGGAAAUUGUUGUUUAGUGUCUCGCAGAGGCCAAUUAAGAGUGGAACUGCUCCCAUUUGUUGCAUGGACGACGCUUGCAAUGCCGGAGGGAAAUUGGCUCCAUACGAGAAUGGCAAAUGGUCCGGCUUGGCACCCCAGCUCUUUAUCAGCCUCUCUACAUCGACGCCGUCCUUUCCAACGGUGGUCUUGUAUGUCGAGUUGAGGUAGAUGCCCUCACUAGCCCGGUAUUUGAAAGUGUACAUGAGACUCAAAUUGACCUGGAAGAUGCCUCGCAGGUCACGCAUCGCAGGAGUUGCGUCGAAUCGGAGGCCGUACAACCCACUAAUGCCCUGCAUCGCCACCCUGAUGUGUCCAAACCUCACCGCCUUUCCGUUGCAGAACCACUAUCUCGUCUGAACGGAAAACUUCGUUUUCGAAGCAGUCCCUCUUUGAGGUGAACUAUGAAAUCUUGUCGCCUAACUCAAUGGACUGAAGCCAUUCCUGAGGCAGUCCGACCUCUUGUGUUGUUGAAUCUUUUCCGCAUGGCAAAAACGUUUGCAUUGUCAUCAUUACGUCUGUCUUGAUGGGUGUCAUUUUCAGCGGCUUUACUUAUCGCUGCAUUCAGCGUCUCAAAAUUGCCUGCCUUUAAUAUAAGCUGGGUCUGUGAAUUUUUUAUGCCGCUGCACAAUGCUUUGACCCCGGCUUUUACGGCCAUUCUAUUAGCUGUAUUCUGAGGAAUAUUUUCAGCUAUGUAGAUAUUCUCUAGUUGGUCAGUUAGCUUUUCGAUCUCAUCCGUAAAAUUGGAUAGUGUCGCUGAUUGUCGCGUGCUGGAUAAUUUUGCUAAUAUAAGAUCUGAAGUUUGUGUAUUUCUACAUCUGUCGCGUAAAUUUUGCACUAUAAUGUUAAGCGUUUGAGGUGCGUUUCCGACGGCGGAGCGUGCCUUUCCUUCCAGUUUUGAUAAGACGACGUUUAUUGCAGCUGCUCUAGUCGCAUCUGUUACAAUAGUACCCAGAGCGUUUAAAGCGGAAAUCACCGAUUCUAAUUUAUCUGGGUUCCCGUUGUAGCUUGGGACCAGCGUAGAAGCUGUCUUGAUGACCUCGAGGAUUGUUGUCAUUUUGGAGGCUUCAAAAAUGUUUUUGAUUUUUAUAGCAUUUAAAAUAGUUUGUGCUACUGUUUUAAAGCUUGGUAGGUUAGAAUCUAAAUCUAGCCUACUGUCUAUGAAUAUUUUAAUUUCGCUGUACGUGUUUCGUACACCACUUAAUAGUUAUUUAUGUAACUAGUUGCAAAAAGUUGAUUUUUUCAGCACGAGUCGUACAUUUAUCCAACGAGGCUUGCCGAGUUGGAUAAAUACGAAGAGUGCUGAAAAAAUCGAGUUUUGCAACGAGUUCCAUACAAAAUUUUAUGCAAUGAUUUUUUCAUAAUGCAACCCAUUUGAGUUGCAUAAUGUUCAUAAUGCAACUCAAAUGAGUUGCAUUAUGAACACUAUACAACUAUUUUUCAUUAUGCAACUCAUUUCAGUUGCAUAAUGAACCAGUUCGGAAAAAUUGGCCAUUAUGAUACCAAAAUGAGUUAUAUAAACUAUAAAUUAUGAUACUGAAUUGCAUAAAAUAAAUUUUCCAUGCGAGUGGAAUUCUAACUUUUCUAAAAGAUGAUAAUAUAAAUUACGGCUUUCAGUAGCUUUUUUUUUAUUAAAGUCUGCCUUAGGUAUUUCCUAUUGGGAGACUUUUUGAAGUUAUUCUGUAUAUUAAUUAAAUUUUUUAAAAGUAUAUCUACUUCAUCAUCCAUUAAAAUGGAGAAUUAAAAAAAAAGUCCCGCUGGCAGUUUAUGAAAAAAAAAAUUGAGUUUCCGGUGGGCAUUUUAACAAUGAACAAUGAUUCGAUACUAAUUGCUUACAUAAAUUCGUCAUAAAUUGCUGGUAUUAACUUUUAGUUUACGCUGAGCAUCUUGACAACGAACCAUGUUUCAUCAUAACUUACUUACAUAACGUUUGCAGUGUCCUAUUACUGCUGGCUCCGGUUACCGGUCGGUGCUCUACUGUCGUGGACGUUGUUGACUUACUGGCUCGUUGCCCUCGCUGGUUCUUCUGGAUUCAUACGGAUGUUUGUAGUUGGCUUCUUCUUUGGUCGUCGUAGUUGCGCGGCCAGCGCCUUGACUUUAUCCACGUCAAUUUUCGUCCGUACACCCCAUUGGCGUACGUUUUCUGUCAAUCGAUCGUCCAGCCAUGGUAGUUUUUCAAUUCGGACGAAUUUGGAAUUUGUUCUAGCCUGGAUGUCUGUUCUCUGUGAUAUCUUCAUGAAUAAAACGCAAUCAGUGAAAUACUAGAUUUGUAGUAAUGAGCUAUAAUGAGAAAGUAGAUUCUCCGUUACUGCAAUAAAAUGGUAACUGCAAUAAUGGUAACAAAAAAGCAAGGGUUUUAUGACUGAUUGUGUGGUUUGAUGCUGUUUGAGCACAGAGAACAGACAUCCAGGCUAGAACAAAUUUCAUUCGGAAAGUUGUGUAAGGAUUUGAAUCUUUACUUGAGUAAGGUUGCAAACCAAUACACGAUGACAACACUAACGCCACCAAACACCAUAUUGCCACAGUCAGUGGUGAAUUGAAACAUUUCAAGUGGUGAAUUAAAUUAGUAUGGGAAGUUAACCGAUUGUAGCGCCACGCUAUUGCCACUUGUGUUGCCAAUUUCAAAUGGCCGUUAAAUUCCUUACACAGGUUCAGAACUGGACUUGGAUGUCUGUUCUCUGUGGUUUGAGCAAAACUUUGUGUAACUGUGUUGUUGUAUUCUCAAUGCAACUUCAAUAAAAUAGUUCUCCAAAGUUUUGCUCAAGCAGCAUUAAACUAGGCUAAGAAUCAUAAUACCCAUAAGUUUGCACCGUUUCAAUGCAGAAACGGAGAGUCAAACAUCUCACCAUACAACAAACUAACUUAUUCCUUCUGGGAAUCCCGGAAAAAAGUACUUCUAAAGACAUUCCAAAUUUAUAGAAAUUUCGUAAGGAAUCACGAAAAUAAUUCCUGGGGGAUUUCUGAUACUUCAAAGAGGGAACUUCUGAAGGAAUCCUGGAAAGAUCCCUCGUAAAAUAUUAAUUAAAUUGUUUAUAUAAAAUCGCGUUGGAGUUAUACAAAGUCACUUCAGAACUUCUCCGGAAUUUCAAAAGAAAUUCCAUGAAAAAUCCCAGAAGACUCUGUGGAAAUCCUUAAAGGACGGAGUGAAUUCCGGUAGGAACUUUUGGGAGAAUACUGGUAGAAAUCCCGGUUGAAAUUCCCAGAAGGAGGAUUUUUUAAAUGAACUUUUGGAUAAAUCGUUCUUGGAAAAUUUUGGAGGAAUUCCAGGAGGAACUCCGGGAGGUAUUCGUAAAAAAACUCCUGAGGGAAUUGUUGAAGGGGCUUCCGUAGAAAUCCAAGAAAGACUCCAAGAAACUCCUAUAAGGAGAUCCUAUAAGGAACUUUUUGACAAAUCCUAGAAGAAAAUUCUUGAGGAUUCCUAGAAUUAAUUCUUGAAAAAACAUCAGAAGAAAUUGCUGGAGUGAUUUCAGUAGGAACUCCUGGUGGUCCCUCGAAGGAACCUCUGGAGAAAUUUAAUAAAAAAAAACUUUAAAUCAAUCUCUGAAGGCACUCCUGGAGGAACUUCACAAAAAGCUCCAGAAUAAAUCUUAGAAAAAAAAAAACUCUAGGAGGAAACCAAGGGGAAUGACAUAUCCUUUUCUAAUCGGAAAAUCCGAAUAUAUCCGUUCCUAACCGUCGCUAACCGUCGCUAUCUAAUGUCGAAUUCGUUUUUGAACCUGGGUUGGAACUGGAUCGGCGGAAAAUGUGUAAACAAACAACGUCAAACAAACUUUAGUACAAGCGAAACCGAAGUCGGGUUGGGGUUGAAACUGUGAUCUGAUCCAGUUCCAACCCAGGUUGGAACUGAAUCAAAAACGAAAACGACAUAAGCCGCAAGUGCAGUUAGACGCGGUUAACGACGGUUAGCAACGGAUAAAUGCGGAUUUUUCCGAUUAGCAAACGAAAAGAGAAAACUGAGAAGGAAAUUCCGUUACAAAAUCAGAAGGAAUUCAGAAGGAACAUCUAAAGGAAUGCCUGACAAAUUUAUGGAGGAUUAACACUCUGCAGCAGGCGAAUUUAUCAGAAUAUUUUUACUAAAGAUGCCAUUAGAGUGUUUGUCAUUAUACAAAAUAUUUGCAAUUGAAGUCCGACAUUUAUCCAAGGUUGCUAUGAUUCAAGUUGUGUUGGUCAUUUGUUGGGUUUGUUUGGCCAAAUAUUUGUCACGUCUAAUGGGACCUUAACUGAAGUUCACCCAGUAGCCCAUGACUGUAUAUUUAAAAAUAAUGAGCUUUGCAAGAAUUUCGCGACGAUCGUGUAAAUGUUCUAUCUUUGACAGCACAAUGUUCACACAUCCAACAACAAAGUCGAUUAGUCCGGAAUAAAACAAUCAGCAUUCGAAUAAACUGACAGUUCACUUAAGAAGAACAACGAAAUUAAUCGAAAAUAAAUUUGGCGGGUUCUAUUCUCAGGUCCGGUCCCGGAGCUCAUUUUCUGUAAGCACGGAACGCUCAAACGUUGAAAUUAUUAAGUUCGUGCAUCGGUCCAUUAGCUUGUGCACCCUUGAAUUCAGUAAUAAAUUUUGAAAACGACGUAUAAUCAAUGGUGUAGCAUUGAUUAUACGUCGUUUUCAAAAUUUGUUACUGAAUUCAAUGUCUGGCACUCUGCCACGAGAAAUUUGACGUGCACUUGGUUGGUGAUCUUCCGGAUUUUUGGUAAGCUAUCCAAUCCGAUGUAUGUUUGUCAGCGUGGACAUUAAGAAAGAUGAUAUUAAAAGCCUUUGUCAAGAGAAAAUAGCAAUCAUCAGGGCAAAAUAUAAGUUAAAUUUGAGGGUGAAAAUUUUGAAUUUUGAAGUGAACCGAUUUCGGUGGCAUUACAAUGAUGGAGCAUUCAAAUUCUUCUACAGAUGUAUUCGUAGAUGUCAUGUAAUGAAAUAUUAUUUUGUUUGUGUAUAUUGUAAAUCGAUUUUUUAAUAAUCGAUUAUUUGGGAAUAAAAAACUUUGACACCCCUAACUUCUUUUUUUCGAGAAAUGUCACCUUGCACGGUAAACAAAAAUUGAUUAAAAUACAAUUAUUGACUUUUUCUGACAACAGAUGGUGCUGUAAUCAUUCGUAAACGGCGUCUCCAUGUCGUUGUAUGUGAAAACACGAAGUGACCUAUAUUGUUAAUAUAGUAUAUUUGCUGGGGGUCCCCGUUAGUGUUAACGGUUUUACUCGCGGAUUUCCCCAUUUUAAGGCGUUUUUUACUAUCUUUCAUCAAUGUUCUGGAGCUUGCUCAUUACUUUUUGGUCCGUAUUAGCUUUUAUUCACUUCCGUAGUAAUUUUUUAGCCACAUUAGCAGGCUAUACAAUGACACUAUUUCGAAAAUUGCACUUACACAUACCAACAGAACUAACUUCAGCAUUCUAUUUUCUGGAGAAGGCUUUGUUCCUGAGGCACGAAGAUUCCAGGCUAUGCUGGAUUCCAGGCGAUGCUGGCUCAUCGUUCGUGUCAGCAUAUAAUAUUGUGGCCACCGAAAUAAGCCUGAAUGAAGAUGGGCACGUCUGUAGACUGGUGCACCACACGAACGAAGUAAAGGCGUUGCCAUAAUAGCAUGGUACAGUGAUAUACCCACAUUGCUUCGCUAACUCCGCGAAUCCAAUAGCGAUCGUGGGACAUUUGCUCGCGGUAAAUCCAAUCAAUGUUUUUUAUUGUUGUUAAUUUUUUUUUUUGUCUUUAUUAUCGAGACUUUCAGCCCGAGGCUGGUUCGUCUCCGAGUUGUUAAUUUUGUUAAUUAUACCACUCAUGCAGGUGCGUUGCUUGGGUCAUUGUUAUCGUAUACGGUAACAAAGUUCUUAUUAUGCAGUCAAUCUACAAACUUCUUUAAUAAGCAUAGGUGGUGAAUAAGUUUUUGUCAUUUCGAAUACCUUUCUUCCAGGGGUUGUUGCAGUUGUAAAACUUCUGAAUGCAACCGUACAUGCCGUGAUUCCUCUGUUUCUCAGGACUAAUCCUCUCUGGAGCCACCAAACUGUUGUCACCCGUUUGGAUUUGUUGAUCAAAUCGAUCAGCGAACAAGAAGCUUCGGGCUAGUAAUCACAAACGUGGAUUCUGUGCCUGAUGAAGAAUGUUAUGCUGCUCUAUUAAUCAACGUUCGGAUUUCAAAUGUGAAGAGAAAAGAUUUUUUUUCAGCUCGUCAACUAAACAACUAACCUUAUUUAUAAAACUACGGCCUUACACAAAACAAUCUUUCUACCUUCAACCUGAUACAGUGCCCGUUCGCUCGUUACAAACCCGCUCAUUGCAAUGCUUUUUCGUUGCAAGUCCGCAAGUUCUAAUAAAACUUCUGUAACUCAGAGUACAAAAUUUUGUCUCGGAAAUGGCGAUCAAUCUUGAAUAAUUCUCGAGAUUCUGGCAAUUUCUUCCACUUGUUCGAGAAGUUUUUCCAGAAUUGAAAAAUAUUAGAAUUGAAGCUUUCGGAUGUCGUGAGUUCGGUUUAAGGAAGAAAACGACUGAUACACGCAAGUUUCAAAAUGCAACUAACUUUCAAUAUUUUCAACAACCUUUAUAUAGAGAUUUCUUAAUACUAAAUUAACCUACAAGAUACCUGCGAGACCUUUUCUCAUUCACGUACCCACCAGUCGGAGUAAUCCGUUUCUUUGAUAAAUCCAUAUUCAUCCUGGUUAGAAUGAAGUGACAAAAACUCGUGGAUUUCCUUAUUCGAUUUUGCAGGCCAAUCAGCUUCGUUGAAUCUCAAAAAAUCCGGCCCAUUUAACCAUAUAGUUUUGUUUAUGAUUUUUUUGUUGCGGCGUCAGCAGGAUUUUUCUCGGAGGGAACCCAUCUCCAUUAAUCCAUCGUUGUGGUAUCUAAGAUUUCUCCGAUUCGGUGUGAUACAAAUGGCUGGAGCUUUACAUUAAUGUUCUUAAUCCAGGACAGAACAGUUUGUGAAUCCGACCAGAAGAAUAUUUUUGAUAUCUUGAGUCGUAGUUCCUUGGUAAUUAUGUUCGCUAAUCGAGUACCAAGAACAGCGGCCUGUAAUUCCAGACGUGGUAUUGACACUCCUUUUAUUGGCGCAGCUCUUGCUUUCCAGCUAUUAAUCUUACACAAAUUCCGUUUUGAUCAAUACUCCUGGCAUAUACUCCCGCCGCAAACGCUUUAUCUGAUGCAUCGACAAAUGUAUGAAGUUCAAUAUAUUCGACUUUACCAUGAGUUAUGCAUCUUGGAAUCGAUAGAUUUUCCGCUUCUUUAAUAGUCUUUACCCAUGUUGUCCAUUGUUCAUGUAGAUUAGUAGGAAUUGGAUCAUCCCAUUUAGUCGUUGCUUUAUGAAGUUCUUGCAUCAGUAUUCUUCCAUGGAUGGACAAGUUAGAUAUCAGUCCCAACGGAUCGUAAAUACUCAUGAUGUUGGCUAAUACUUCUCUCAUGGUUGGUAUUUCAUUUUUCAACAACUUAUCUCCAUAUUUAUUCCAUUUUAUUUGAUACGCUAAGCAAUCAUCUUUGGUAUUCCAAUAUAUACCAAGCACCUUUUCCGCUUCCGAGUCUUUAUCUUCUAAUGAUUUUAUAAAUGACUUGUGCCUCCUUUCCUCCGGAAUUGUUUUUAGCAGCUCCAUAUCAUUUGAGAUAAAGUUUCGUAGAAAGUAUCCAGCAUGCUGAUGAAUUUCGAUUACUUGAUUGACUAUACGUUUGGCUUCAUGGAUUGAGGAGAAGCUAUCGAGGUAGUCAUCAACAUAGUGUUGUUUUUGUACAGCCUUGGUGGCUUCUGGGUACGUGUUUUUAAAUUUAUCGGCAUUUUUGUUCUUGACCUACUGGGCACAAAAUGGAGAACAUGUUGCACCAAACGUCAUAACUUGCAAAACAUAUACAUUGGGUUCUUGUUCCUUGUUGCAUUCUCUCCAAAGAAUCCGUUGUGAGUCUUAAUCGGCAUCCAUAAUCUUUACUCGAUUGUUUGGGGGAUUUACUUGAGGAAGUGUUACUACGGCGCUUUCGGAUUUAAAAACGGCCGACUCAUGAAAGAUGAAGCUAAGAACUAAUUUAUUUUACUUACCUAAGGGUCUUAUAUAAUACAAUUACAUUAUAAAUAUUCUACCUGAUCUGCAUCAUGCUCUGACGCAUAUGCAUUUGCAGCCGGCAAUUAUUUGCGGUCCCUUUUGCUUAUCUUAAUUCUACUUUCCGUUCGCUUUUCGGCUAGCCUUCUUAUCAUUCUAAGUUUGUGGUAGAUAAUAAAACUCAAUAAACGCUCAAACUAAGGGAAGAAAGUGCCAUGUAGCACGCCGAUUGCAAUAUGCAAAAAAGCCAGACGAUGUGUAAAUGAUUCAUUCGUAGUAAUUUUUCAUCAUCAAUUAUAAUUGCUAAUUUGUUAUUAAUGUCGCGUUCGUUACAACGUGUUUGUUAGAACGAACUGUUGUGCCGUCAAAACGACUACUUUAAUCAAUUUAGUUUUUUCUCUUCUUUUCUUCUUUUGUCUGCGUCUGUACCAAACAGCGCUAAUUAUCACUGUUGACACAAUUAUUAAUGUCCAUGUUGCUAUCACGAAUAUCAGAUGAUUUUCGACAGUUUCACUAUUUUCCACUAACUUAUUUACACGAUUAACGUCCGUGCUCAAAACUUCAUUAUGUUAUCUCUUCAUAUAGCGACACACGCGAUAGUUAUAUUGUUCUUAGUGAUCACAAACUUCUUACAUUGUUCAUUUGAAUCUCGUGUUGAAUCACGUUUUUGAUCCCCUUUUUCAUGUACUUGCUGUGAAGUCAGCAAGAGAUACGCGAUGAUCACCACUACAAUUGUCACGCACGCGCCUACCAGGAUUCUCAUUUCCAUGGUGUUCAUUUCCACUUGGUUCGUGAUGUAGUUAUCGAAUGUGAACCAACUCAUUUUAGCACUUAUUACUGCACGACUCUGUACGAACACUUUAGCAACACUUGGUUUUGCGGUGUGAUGAACUUAUUUUUUUCGGAGAAGGCAGGUCAUUGGCCACUUAGUCGCGGUUCGCCAAAUAGUAUCUCUCCCAUUAAAACUUCACUACCGACUUGUCAUCAAAAAUGAAGUCUGCAAUCAACUGUGUCCGGAUUCAGAAGAAUAGUCUCAUCAGCUUACAUCUAAGUUUCCUACAACUAGAGUUACCUAGAUUUACGCUACCUCACACAGACAGUUUAUUGACAAUAUUUGGAAUAACCCAACUGAGGCAUCAUAAACAUAGCUCGGGUGACGCCCUUGCAAAGGUUGCAAUUCGGCAUAACCAUGAGACAUGCUUAACGGUCUCGCUAUGUGUGUAGUAAACAAUAAUAAUUCAGCGUUUGCAGGUAAAGGUCGCAAGCGCAUCAAAUUCAAAAUAACCAACGUUACUGUUUUAUGACCGUGAUAAUGAGCGUACACAUCUUGGAAGCAGAUUGUGCGAGAUUGCUAAUUCAGGGGGCGUGGGUAAUCACGCCUAAGGAUCGAUUUGGAAAAAUCCUAUGACUAAUGUGUAGCAGGAAUGCUACACUUCGGGCCUCGUAGAUAAUCUUGAUCAUUUAUCAGUUCCAGAUUACUUACAAGAUUGUCUAAAGCUUCCGAAAUCUCGAUGACAGCAGUUUUGCUUUCUUUUCGAAUUUUUGUCAACUCUGUCACAAGUUCAUUAUAGAUGGUUUCUGGACGGCCGUAAUUCAACUUUAAUCUUUCCAUAAUGUUUUCGACGUUUCCGGGGUCCAUCAGCUGCUCCCACUAGAGACUGUUGUAGUCUGUUCAAAUUUUCCAUGGGGGUAAAUCUUCCUUCAUCAGUGGUGUCUUUUUUUUUUCAAAUUUUGGCCACUCCUUUGCCGAUCCAUCGAACUUUGGUAGGUUAAUCAACGCCUGUCUCUUUAGGUAGAUUGAGAUUGGUAUUGGUCCUUGAAAUUUUGCAAAUCCACUGAUUGCGACGGCAACUGAAGAUUUUUGAUAGUUUGGACACCCUUUAUUGUGAAUGCUUGACUUGCUGCUCCUUUAAUCUUCAAUGAAACAUAUCGGCUUUCAACAUCCUUGCUGAUAUUUUGGGUCCAAUUGAGGGUAAUUGUUUCCUUUUUCCCUUCCAGCUUCAGAUAUUCAGCAACUUUUUGAUCAAUUAAUGUCGCUCCACGACGAGUUUUCUUCAGUAUGGAGUAGAUCUUCCACAGUAUAAUUGUGUAGAAUAACAGGAGCAACACCAACAUAGUAAUAGUUGUUCCCACGAUCGGGAUGUUUUCAAGGAUCGAAUGUACACUAGUCACCGUAAUUUCAUCUGCCUCCGUGGUGGUCGUUAUUCUUUCCGUUGUGGUCACUGAAAUUGGCCAACAGCCGCGCACUCCACAGGCCACUUUUAUCAUUUUUCUGCACAAAUGUUUUGAGUUUGUAGUUUUUGUUGGGGAACCGUUCCACCGAUUAUACAACGUAUUCUAUCGCGCACCGUUACUCGAUUCACUUCGCGGGCACUGUUUAUUGCACUUAUCUCAUGCAAUAUUAUUGAGCUUUAUUUCCCUCGUUGCCACAUUCUUCACUACUGCCUUCAUGUGGUUAUGGUAGGCACGGAAAAUCCCGUAGGCUACUAGUAUCACGACUAUAACUAUUAAAACUAUUGCUAUAAGUUUUAUUUCAUCAACCGCGAUAUUGUUCGUUAUAAUGUUGUCGCCGAACCACGUCAUUUUUAUCACUUUUUUCUGUGCUUGCCGGUUUUCACUUAUUCACUUACUGUUCACUUUGGAGAAGGACUUGAGAACUGUCACGGUAUGCCAACUAAUAUUCUCCUUAACAUUGUCAUCGACAUGAAGAAUAAACACGUUGUUCUCGCUUCCACGUAUCAACAUCGCCUUAAGGUCUCGCUUCGUGGGUGAUGAACAAUAAUAAUUACUCGGCGCAGGCAGCUGAAGGUUGCAAGCGCAGCAUACUCAAAAUAUCCAACGUUACCGUUUUAUGACCGUGAAUGAGGCACACAUCUGUAAAGCAGAUUGUAUGCGAUUUCUAAAUUAGCAAGCGUAAAUGAUCGAAGGAUUGAUUUGGAAAAGCUAUGAAUUCUGUGAAUUUUGGAAGUGGGUAGCAGGGAUGCUACAAAUGACAUCGUACUCGUAAUCGUAAUUUUCCUUCGUUUAGGUGCUCUCCUUAUGCAACGGCUUUUUAUUUCUCACUUUUGACAGGUCGCUCUUCAAGCGACAACGCACGCUUUUGCUAGUAACGAGUUCAAACUGUUUUCCUCUCUGGAGCCACCAAUGUUAAUUUUUGAUAGAACAAUAUACCGCGCGAAGGUUUCGGUAUCUGUUGACUUGUUUCAGCCGUAAUUAACGGCGCAAAAGUUCGACUAAAUCGCAAGACAAAGAUAGUGAAUCUUGACAAUGUUUGUGUAUUUCGGCCCUAUCCUUCAGGUCUCUCUCAAGCGAAGGGCUGAUUACACAGCUCAAAAUAAAUUAGCUUUUGGUCUGUCUCAAGAGCAAACUUAUGUGUCUCUGAAUUUUCAGCGGUUCAUUUAGCUGGUUCGCUAAAUCAAACUUCACUUUUACGUCCAAUAAUGUCGCUCGUUCGAUUUCCAGAUAUUCGCAUUUGGCGCAAAGGAAUCGCUCUUCUUGUGACGGCGUAUGCUUAAGUUGCACACAACUAAGGUGGAACCACCUAUCACAAUCGUCACAAGACACCAUAUUAUUCUUGGUGUCAGCUUCCUUGCAUAAACGGCAGUUUCCAUUCUUAUUUUCCACGAAUUGGAACAUAGCUUUUGAUUUUGCCAUCGCAAAUGUUUGCUUUACUCUCACCUGGUUGUUUGCUGCUACUUUGUUUCUCUGUUUCCUUUUGCCGGAUCUGCGCGUUUACUUCUGAUAACAGCUUACCUUUCCAAACCUUUUUGUUAAUUCACACACUGCAGUUUCACUAUUUUCAAAAAUGUCCUAUGUCUUAGUUUCACUUGAUUUACCACUCUAGGUUUUAAUAAUCAACACACUAGGUAUUUUAGACCGGAUUCAUGAAUAUCUAUUCACAACUUUCGAAUGUUUGUCACUAUUGGCUCAAGAUUUGUAACAGUUAAAUUUUGUGAUAAUGCACAACACUCAGACUGCACUCCUGGUGACAGUAAACCACGUUAAAAAAUCAAUCGCGGCUAUUUAUUACGACAACUUUUUUUUUAUUGUCGGAGUCCUUUCCACUUAUUCUAGUUGAUCUCUGCGCGCCGUUAUCACUGCACAAUUUCAACUACGUAUUCCACUGCCUUUCAUUCACUUCUCAUUAAUAAUCUUAGCCCAAUCGAUGUCGGUGAGCUCCUGCAAAUCCAGAUUCAUACCUGCAUCCAACAUAGCUUAACGGAUGCCCGGAAGAUUCUGUGGCUUGUUCUUGUUGCUACUCAUCCAAAGCAAACGGGGGUUCUUUCGUCGCCAAUGUGGUACUUCCCCAGUUGACGUAUCGACUAGUAAUGAUAAUUCCAAGGGCUUUCAUAAAUGUUUAUUAAAAUGUCAAGAUUGGGUAAAACUUAAUUCUGACUAAAAAUGUACUUAUUAUCUAACUGCACGAUGAUAGGAUCCUCUGUGCCAUAGGAGUCCAUUCCGCUUGUCCCGUCAGCCUUAUACGAGGCGGUCGUUCCAUAAUCAACCUUCCCAUCACGACGAAUCUUCGCUUGCAUAACCUUCUUAUGGGCAUCCAGGGCAUCCUGCAAGACUGACGGCUGAGUUGAUGUGAUCCCGAUCUGGGUGGCCCCUCUCUCCAGAAAUACGUUUCGAGCAUCAUCAGCAUCCCACUUGGUUGUAGCACGGCCUGACACGGAAGGACAACGAAUGCCUACGUAAGGGUCUGUGGCACCGAGUUUGGUUUGCGCUGCUGUAGCCAACUUGCAGACAUAGUGAGCAGGUAGAAGUUUAACCUUCUGGAAUUUGCCCGUUGAGCGACGUAGGAUCGGCUCUGUGGCAAACACGUGAAGCAGGAUGGCAGUGUCCUCCAUCCACAGACCGGUGACAGUAUAAGACAACCACUGUGAGUACACGGCUGUUGCUGCUCCAUCGACACACUUCAGCUGAAAAUCUUCGACCUUGGCUACCAUGUUAUACACGUUCCACAUUCCCUUGCCCGAGAAAUCCAUUUCUCCGAUAUGUUUCGGAAUCUGGGCUUCAGUUAGCACCGGUCUGUCAAGUUUGUUUUUCGGAUCUUCCAACGGAUAGACUGUUUGUCUUGACUUCAGACAUGAGAAUGUUUCUUACUUUCAAAAAAUAUCUUCCAUGGUUCCUAUCAAGAGACACUUGAAGUACCGAUAUAUAAAAGCGCUAUGUACAACGAUCACCAAUCAGCGAUCGUUGUUCAUGCGAAAGCGGGAGAGACAGAGUCCCUCAAAACUGCAUGACUUUACCCACAGCUGGUAACAGCGUGGUUCAAUAAAUUUGUGGCUCAGAGUGCCAAAAGGUUUUUAAGUCACAAUCAAGGCUAUCAAUCUCGGAUAAAUCUCGAGAUUCUGGCUAGUUCUUCUACUCGUUCGAGAAGCUAUUCCAGAAUUGAGAUUAUCUAAUCUUGUAGCGUUCGGAUAAUGUGACGCGUGAGUUCGAAUAGUGAAAUGACUCUUACCAAGUUUCAAGUGCAAAAUGCUACCUUUAUUUUCUGAACAAGGGUUUUUAUACAAAAAUAUCUUAAUUCUAAGUUUACCUAAAAAAUACCUGCGAGACCUUUUUCGUUCACAUGCCUCGCACAUGUUUCGCGUGUCCGCCUGCUUUGCCGCCAGCUUCAGGUAAUCAGUUGUUAUCUACUUUGUUAACGGCCGCGCCGUCGUCGCCGGUCAGACACAGUCACGUGUUAUCACUGUUAUCCUUUUUGUCUUGCAAAUUACCUGAGGAGGUGUCUCGUGAU